UAGGCUCAGCAAAAAACUGAAGAAAAUUGUUCCAUUGAUCAUACCACUGUUUUAAUGACAUGUUAUUGGGGGGGACUUGAAGUAAUUUAGGCGAAUACAUACUGAGCAAUUCACUUAGCCCUGUGUUUUGCAGAGCACAUUAAAACUUAAAACAAUGAAUUUGAUACAUUAGAUACAAUCAGAUACAACUAUACAAAAAUAUGGGUAAACAAGCUUUAACCUUCACCUUUGGGGGUUAAAACAUGAUGAACAAGAUAUAUUUUCCAUUAAAGUAAAAGUAUUUACUCAUGUAACUGUCUUACUGUCAUGCAUCUCCAACCCAAGAGCAGAUGUGGAAAAGAAAAUAAGACUUUCUAUCAAGCAGUAGCAGGUCACAAAGUAAAGAAAGUUAAAAUGGUCCAAUUCCAGCAUAAAAUUUCCAUAGGAAGCAACACAGAAGUGUGUGCAUAAUAAUAAUGCUUUGAGUAGAAAAGCAAAAGGCCCAGAUCAGAACAAUAAUGCAAUGUGAUUCAUACUGCAUUUGAUCGAUGUGGGGCUGAAACCAACAACUUUGUGUAGCCCUCUAACCAUAAUGAUUAACCUUCAACUGAAACCAACUAAAAACUGUCAAUUUUGAAUACUUGGUUCCUGUACAUUACUGAACCACAGAGUUCAUACUGACUAACUAAAUCUACAACAGUUGCUUGCUUCAGUAUAACACUGUUUCAAUCUUAUAAAUGCAUCAGCAGUAACACUGCAUAGGGGAGAGUGGGGUAAGAUGAGCCAUUUUUCAUAUUUCAGAUCACUACAUCGAGGCAAUCAUAGUUUUGUCUCUGACUAGUGUAUCUGCAUAUAUUUCAAGAUGUUGUGCAUCCCUGCAAACCAACCUUCACCUUCACAGACUCCAUGAAUUGAUGCCCGUCCUUCAAAUAUUUGGUCACAUGAUCAUUUUCUUUUACCAUUUCCAAGCAACAGGUGGUGGCUCAACUUACCCUUUGGCUCAACUUACCCCACUCUCCCCUACCUCAUUGAUGACAAAACUGUCUCAUAGGGUCCUGAAUUUGUGCUUCCAAGAACUCUUCACCAACACAAUGAAUAACAGGACUUUUUUUUUUUUAACAAUUUGAAUUUGUCAUUAGUAAAGGACAUACAAUGCCCGUGACCUCCUUCUCAUGGACUGAGUCUAGCCUAAGUUAUUUCCGGUACGCCUCGCGCGAGUCUUGGUGCAUCUCUUGUUUUGAAAGGACAGAGCCGGAAGUUGAGCGGGGAUUCUGUUGAUUUGACGCACGAGCUGGACCGCGGCACAUUUUUGACGACGGAAAUGAGGAGACGCCACUUUUUACAGCGUCAAGCUCGUGGCUAAAAGUUUUUUUUUCUUUCCUCUUAUUUUGCUUUGAGGAACUGUCGCUUACGCUCACCAUGAUAGAGACGGCGACGAGCUUUUUGACUCGCAGCUUCUCCUCCGGUGUCCAGUUUCUCUUACUCCUCUCCGACGUCGUUUUGACUUACUUUAGAUGCUUCUCGACACACUUCCGUUAUGCAAAGUCUAACUUGUUGGUUAGUCGUCGUGCUGCGGUGGGUCCCCGUCCGAGAUAACGGAGAAUGUGAGUAUGUUGUCACAUUAUAUUUUCUGCUCACCUAAAACUGCUUAAAAAGUCAUUACACUGCUUAGUUAAUGCCAAGCACAUGGGACGGUAACGACCACUGAAGUAAUGUGGACUCAGCUUCCUUAAAUAAACACUUUUCUGCACCAAAAAAUGUUCCCAUGUGAAGUUUAAAGGGCUUUACUUUACUUCAGUUCGGGUAGUUUUUUGGCCCCAAAAGUACAAUUUCUCUGAAAGUUAGAGUCCUGUCACUCCACCGUGGACGGUAUUUUGUCUCUUGAGCUACUUAACAUCACACUAGGGAGGAGAGUUUGCCUGAAUGAUGCUCUAGUUGUUGCAAUCAAACGGUACUUUUGGUGUGUGUGUGUGUGCAUCCCACAUUAUUCCACAUUAUUUGGCGCAAACCCCUCACCAGUGGUCGCCAUGGUGAUAUCACAAUGUGAAACCUACUGAGACCACACGUGAAUGGGCCCAAACACGGAGCCAGACAUCCAAGAAGUCACUUGGCUGCUUAUUGUUCUCCCUAUCCAACCAUAAUUGUACCACAAUGAUAAUCUCUCAACAUUUCAACGCCAUUGUUGUGUGUUUGAAACCCUUUAUUAAGUGUUGGUGAUCACCCUGAAAGAGUUUAGAUGGAGAAGGGAACAAACAGGGAACAGUAACUUGGUUUCUCAAUAUAGGACUGUGUGAGUUUUCAAUCAAAACAGUCAUUGUAGUGUUUUGCAGGGGGAUUCGCUGGCAUUCACAUCUCCCUGAGUGUGCUUGUGUGCCAGACUGUGGCUGCAGGUGUGUGUACAGGAGGAUAACAUUUCAAAGUAAAAGGUGGCCUUUGUGUUUGUGCUUUGAGACUCUGAGGUAAUACUUUUUAAACCCCACACUGUUUGUACAAUGAUGAAAAGUAACUACAAACAGUAAGCUUAUGUACAAGUAGCUGAUAAUUUUUUUUUUUGCUUCACUUGGGAAGAUCCUCUCCCAGUGUGUCACAAAUAUUCAUCAGCCAGACACAUUUCUGGGAUGUUUUUAUAGCAGGACUGAACUGAAAUCACCGAAUCUGAUGUUAGGAGAUCGACCCACAUGACUGAAAUAUUUAAUUGAGUGACACAGUCAAUCUGUCAAAAACAAAGACUUCUCUUUGGUGCCAUUAAUAUUACUCAUAGAGACUGGUGAAGGCAUAAUUUAAUCAUUUCCCGUCCUCUCGCUUAGCUACGUUCUGUUGAAGUUAAUCAAACAAGUCCCAUACAGAAGCUAUGAAGUUCAACAUCUAUAACUAAGUAAAUAAUAUUGCAUAUAGGUUUUGGGUUAUUGUUGGUGAAUAAGUUUCUCGGUUGAUUUAUUGUGAAGUCAAGGGACUACUUUCAGAUAUCAAUUGACACAUUCUUUGUCGACAGUCAAAGUUCUGUUUGUGACUUAUUCUUGAGAGUAAAUACUGAGCUCAUCAAAUACAAAUAUUGAGAUAAGGCAGUAAAAUUUCCUACAGCAUCAAAAACAAUGGCCCUAAACUUGCUUAAUUUAUAAAAGGAUAGCAAGAUCUCUUUUAAUAUUGACACGUUGCAUCAAAAGUCUUAAUAUGACACACUUUGAAAAUCAGCCACCAAGUGUUUUACUUUGACAGGCACUCUUUAAAAUCGCAUAUGAUGUAAGACUUUUGUGAGCAUGUUUUUAUGGUACAUAUUUACCUGCUGAAGUAAUCCCAGCAGCAGGCUGAGGUCUUUGUUGUUUCAGCCAUUGAAAGGUUAAAUGUAUGACCAAACUGUGACAGUUGUAACACCUUGAAUCAUUGAAGCACAGAGGAAAAAAUGCCUCUAGGGUGGGGAAGUAACACAGCUAAACCCUACAUAGCAUUUUCCACAACAGACUGUGUCAGCCCCAGACAAAAGGUCGACCUAUAAUUUAAAGGUUCAGUGCAGUUUAAACCCCCUAACUGACACAUGUAGACGCAAACAUUUCUGAUGAAUUUCCCAUAAGUGUUUACUCCCCUACAGACUUCCUUGUUUUCUUGCCGCUUGGAAAUUUUUGUUGUUUUCACUUCUCUUAUGUUCAGUGGUGAAUAGAUAAGUUCAGUUCUGCCUAUAUGAAUGCUUAUCUGAACAAGAAUACAGUGAAACCGAAGAGUUUAACGGCAGUGUAUACCUCGUGUUUUAGAAAUAAUUAAUGCUGCAUCUUUAAAUAAUUAUAGUAAUUGUUCUCUACAUCAUCAUCAAUCAAAAAAAAAAAAAAGACAAAACACAAAAAUCAAAACAGGGACUUUCCAGGAUAAGGGAUGACACUUCUUUGGCAUGAAUUCAACAGGAAUUUCUCAAACUUUUGGGGAUUUCAUGCACAACAGUUGUCUGUAAAAAAACUGAACUUGUGUGGAGCUUGAGUUUUUAGUCAUUUCUGUGGUGUUUUUAGGCUUUGAGCAUAUUCAUUGUAAAGAUACAGUGUGUUAUAUUCCAGAUGCGAAAGAGGGGGGGGGGCAAAAGAAGUCAGAAACCUUGGCUAUCAGCUGUGGAUCAUACAGUGUGGUGGUUCCAUGUCUGUAACUGUGAUGUUAUCAGACACCAGCUCUUCUUCCCUCAGGGAUUCCAAGAAAAAGGAAAAUAAAGGGAGGGCAGGAGAGGGAGAGGAACCAUGGAGAUUUAUUUGCAGACAAACAGAAAUAAAAAUCUGGGGAAAAAAAAGGAGAAAAAAUGACUGAGGAAAAUGGAAAACAAAAUAGGGCAGGAAAUAGAAGAAAAAUAGGACUCUUUCCUGGUAUCCGGGGACAUUCAACACUGUAACACACAUGUUCCCUAGCAGUUUAGGGGAAGUGACUCGCAAAACCCUUGGCCACCCUUACGGCUAAUCCUAAAAAUCUUCGCUUUAAUUCUGGAUUCACACCACAAACAGAUUCUCAUUCACACACACUGGAGUUGAGUUCUUGCAUGUAUGCGCGCUUUGUGCAGAGUUUUUUGGGGGGCAGCAUGUGCGUCUGUGUGUUUUCUCUCUAAAGCACCAAUAAUUAGAGACUGUGUGUGUCUGUGUGUAUUUGUCUGUGUGUGUAUUUACGCCAAUGCUCCCCUGUUCUUUCGUUGAAAGAAUGUUGAUUAUAGGCCCGAUUUAGCUGCAGCAGUGUGAGGAUGUUGCUUUAAAUGCUCGUACUUGUUGGCGCUCUGCAUAUAUCGGAUUAAUGGGCUUUUGUUUAUUUCUGUUGAGGAUGAAAGAUGGGAUCCAGCGUGUUGAUUUUUCAAACACUAUUCAAACUCUUCCAAAGUACUGAGGGAUCUCCUUUUUAGUCAUGACCAGUUUCUUAAAUUUUGUGGGACCACACGUAGCGAGUCAACUAUAGCAGAAGUGUUUCAGUCUACGUGAAUUAGACCAAUGGUGACAACCCAGAAAUAUGGCAGCAAAAUGGUUUAGAAAGGAGAGACGAUGUGGUUGAUGGCAAACAUACAUUUCUUAAGGAAUGAAUCAUUUCUGACCAAGAAGCAACGACACAAAUGCAGGUACUUUGUCAAACAUUGAGAACAGCAGAAAGAUGUUUUAAGAAUUAGAUAUUUCUCAGCAGAAAAUUUUAAUAUUAGUUUGUGUUGUAAUCUUUGUAUCGAACAAUGUGAUCGUAUGUUGCAGGGGCCGAUACUACAAAGAGAGUUGAACAUACCCCAGGUGUCUUUUUUCGAUCUGGCGUCACUAAACUUAACGAAUGAGCUCACACUAAGCAGUCUCACUGUCACAGAGCUGGCUGCCAACCUAAUAAGACAACCCAGAAUUAUUGUUGGUGUUUUCAUGUGAACGGGGGUGAUAUCAGCAACAUAUAUGACCAAUCACAAUAAAUCAGUUUGCCGUCAGAAGGACGUCAUGAUUUGUAAAUACAGUGCAGAUUUUGAUUUGACAGAAAAAUGAAAAAGUCAGACAAUCUCGAUUAAAUUCUAAACGGAUCAAAAGUUUGUUUACAAAACCAAGGAAGAACUGGUAAAAGAGAAAAAGCAGACAGUGGGGAAAAAAGGCCUAGAGUGAAUGAUAAAAAGUAUAUGAUCAUGUAAUAUGACAGUAUAUUAUCCGUCAUAAGUGCACAACAGAUCUGACAGUAUUUACUCCAGUUUAUUCUCUGAAAGUGAUUUGUGGGUUAGGUGUUAAUUUAUAGUUUGUCUGGUUUUGGACACAGUUUUCAAUGGUCUGCAGAUAAAAAAAAAUAAAAUGAAACCACGAUUUGAAGCGAUAAACUUAUUUUAUAACAAAAAAUCUGAUGUUAGUGUGUUUGUUUCUGUUGGAGAAUGAGAUCAAGAAAGCUCAAUCAAUCACUAUCUUAUCUCCACUAUUAGAUAUCCUGUCAGUCUGCCCCCCCAGCCCUUAAUCAGUAACAGAGCUCAACAGUCAGGAAAAUAGAUUGAUAAAUAGAAAGUUCUUUACUAACUGACCUUUUAUUCUUGAAUAUAACCUGCUUGGGGAAGAUGUCACAGUGAUCUCCCCAUGAGAGAGGUGAACCACCCUCAUAGUGCUGAAAACCCAGAGUUAACUCAGGAGUUACUAACUGUAACUGCAAAUUCUGCUUUUUAUCUCUCCAAAUACCGACAUGACAAACCCAAGAGUGAAUACAUUUCCGUAGAAACAGUUAGUUGCAACAUUACAUGCAUAUUGCAUACAUAUCUUGUGAUGUUUAUUCUUUUGUGUGUUUACCAGAAAUGGGAGUAAGCUGAAGUGAAAGUAGGAACCCACUUUCUCAUAAACAUCGUGUCACAUAAGCUCCCAAACCAUAUUUUAAAAAAAAAUUCAGUACAGAGCUCCGAAAUGGUACAGUGUCAGAGAGGGUGGUUUUGCAAGUGUGAAUUCACUCAGCUCAUCAUUGGUCCCUUUGUGGAAAAGUUUAUUAUUCCUAAAUGAAUCUGCCAGGAAGUCAGAUGCCAGCUGAUGAAUCACAGCUGAUCAGUGUGACUGGGGGAGUCUGUAACCUCUAAACCCCUCACAUAACACACACAUAGAGACACACACAGUUACACACACAUAUACUUAAUAUCUAAUAUCUCACAUCUUAAUAACGGUUCUUCACAAUGAAUCAGAAACACAGUAUGAGUAGGGAUGACUCAUUCAUAAAGUGCUUUGUGGAUUUUAGGCAGAGAUUUGUGUCGUACUCUCUCCGGCUGGAACAUUUGAGUCUACAAAGCUUGAAUUGGCUGAAUUGUAUUGAAUUGACUCAACCAAGUAAUGAAUGAUGGAUUGUUGUUUUCAGCUUUUGAAAAACUGAGCCGUGUUUAAGGCUUCCAGUAAUAAGUUGAGGUCAGCUUUUGGUUGCUUUGUAGCUGAGAAACAAAUCUUAGCUAUUAAGUGUUAUUAAGUGUAUGUGAAUUUAAUGUCCUCUAAUGUUCACAGUCAGUCUGUGUUUAUUAUACUGCGUAUUUAUGUAAACAUGGUACAUUAGAAACAGAUUUUUGCAGUGGUGUCUAAAAAGCUUUAACUUGAGAUAUCUAAACAGUGUCCAGUUUUAGGGUUUUGUUACAUUUUGGAGAAUAACCAAUAGGAUUUAAACACCUGAAAAGACAGAGAAUCAGGAAGGCUAUCCACAGAUUCAGGAAUAAUUUGAGGACAUAUAUCAUCAUUCAUUUUAGGAGCUGCAGUUUUGCACGGGGCAGAUUUGAACUUUGUAAACCUAACGUAGAAAUAAAUACAAACCCCAAACUGUUUUGAUUGUUCGACAUACAUCCGGUUAGCCUCGUGCCAAAUUGUAACUGUUUUGUUAUAUAAAAUGUCUAUAAGAAGGCAACGUGGUCGUAACAAGCUGGAAGCAGGCAUGUCGCCACCUAUCGUAGCGAAGGUGGACAUUAGAGGCGGGAGAAGAAAUUGAUUCACAUAAGUAACGCAAUUUUUUGUUUUACAAUUUCUAAAUAGAUUUUUUUGGGCUAAAAAAAAAACAGUUUUUUUUUUUUCAAAUAUAAGACUAAUCGAGAAAAUCGACGAUAUCGUAGAAUUUCAAUUGAAUGGGCAUCCCAAAAAUCGUAGAAUAAUCGAAUCAGGGAAAAAGCAUAUUGUCCCAGCCCUAGUGGACAUGCUUCUUCUCCUAAUUUUUUUUUUUUAAAUAUUUUGUUGGCAGCACAUGGUCGGAGCUGGGCUCAAACAUGCAACCGCAUGGGGUGUACUAACCUGCUUGGCCAUCUGCACGCCCCGUACAUGCUUCUUUUUAAUGAGGUUUUUGCUCAGUGCUUGUAAAUUAGGACAAGAACCAGUCUUCAAGUUAAGUCCAGCUAUAAACUGUCCAUGUAAAAGUACUGACUGUGUGUGGGAAUAAAUAAUAAAACCUACUGUAUUAGAUAAAGCAGUUCUUAAACUAGGAUGUAAACAUGUUGAAUUUUGCUAAAAAGAAGAAAAAAGGCAUUUUGGCAAAUUUGAAAAUCUAGUGUUUCCACGUCACGGAUGAGAAAGAAAGACAAUUGGACACAGUGUGUCACUGACUGGAAUUUAAAGUCAAAGAAUUGUAUAAACAUUUAAACUGAUUUGCUUCACAAGAUUCCUUUUAAGCUGUAUCAUUCAGCCCUAAUACUCAGUAUCAAGAAAUAGCAGCAUGGAAUAAUGAAUUGACGCACAAAAGGGUGAAAAAGAGGCCGGAAAAGAAGUUGUUUUCAAUAUUAACAGUCACUAACUGACCUCAUUCCUGUAGUCGUCUUCUCCUCACACAUCACGUCUAGCCACUGCUAAAAGCUAACUCGUCUUUAUUCACUUUUUGCCUGUCAUUACGUCUCUGUGAGCUCUAUAUUUUGGUAUUUCCUAGACAUGCCAGGGUCUGUCUUUGCAGGAUAAUCACAGACUGCAGGUUGUGGAGAGAGGCUUUGCAUUAGUCACUGGGAGAGUGCAGGACAGCUGGAAGGAUGCUUGGCGGUGAGAAUUUUAUUUAGUCGUUGGAAAUUAUUGGACGCACAUUAAUCAAACUGUAUAUAAACUGUUUCUCUUUUAUGCGUAGCCCUAGAUUUUUGUCACACUGCGGCGCAGAGGGAGAAAGUGGUCUUGAUCCUGCAACAUAGAGUUGAUUUCCGAUUUAAAAUUCUAGCCUGUGCUGAACAAUUUCCUUGCUGUCAUGGAUCCAGCCUUUCUUGUUUAGUUUUGCUUUUUCCCAACCUGCCUCCCUCUAUCGGUUCCCAGGCCACAGGAAAUGGCCAGAAAGCUGCCAGGCUUUAUUUCUGUGCAUCUCAAGAAUAGCAGCAUUGUGUUUUGUUGGAGCCUGCAUUGUUGUGGGAAAGUAGCACUGAGGUAGGGAAUACUCCAACAAAAACAAAACCCCUAUAGUACCUAAAAUUAUUCAGCCUGCACAUGAGAACAACAGAAUUCAUAUGUAAUACAAUAAUGACUUAAAUCCUGCUCAUGAGUUUUCCUGAUGACCAGAUUUUGUAAUGUAUUGCCAGUUUAUCAAAUACUGCAAUCAAUCUGGUAAUUCAUCAACUACCACAUUAUCAUCAUGGACAAUGUAUGCUUAAUCUUAUUGCAUUUAAUUGUUUCUUUUUAUAUUAUAUUGCACCAUAUCAAUCAUAAUCAUAUUUCAUUAUAUUGUUACAUUGCAUUGUGUCAUGAGUCAUCCUUCAAAUCAAACCCUAUUAAGCACCUAGUCAACAGUAAAUGAGUGUACAUCAAUACCAAUUAUUUCACACAAGUUUAUUUUAAAAAAAAAAGAAAAGAAAGCCUUUCUCUUUGCCCAAAGCCAUCGUUGAUAAAAGCAUCAGCUAAACUAAAUGCCACGCUUACAAUGUUUAAGGUCGUUCUCACCCCAGAGCAGUGAAUUGUGGGUUAUAUUAGUGUUUGUUUUUUAUGAUAUAAUCCGUACUACAAAAUACUUUAUUCUCUUUCCCCACACUUCAUUCCAAUAUCUUGUAUUUUGCUUUUACACCAGACAUGUUGGGUGCAGUGCAGAUACCCGUGUAGAGUAAAACUUUUCCUUUAGUGUUUUUUUUUUUUUUAUUUGUCACAGACUGGAACUCAACUCUCUUCUUUUACCCUGAAUCAGCUGAUGCUCUCCUCAGGCUGUGGGAAGUUAAGGUUAUCUAAGCUGAGGUUAUCUCAUGUUUCAGCCCAACUUCCUCCUUUACAAUAUGUUCUUCAAUUAUGUAAGCCGUGAGCGUCUCGCGUUCAGCUCUGUUCAUUAUCAAAGCUCUUUCACAUCUCACUUCACACAAACAGGAACACUGUGGCUCAGCCGAUCCACGUCCCUGCAACUGCAGAUCCUUUUUAUCCGGGGCCUGUUCUUCUUUCAUGUUGCUGAUCAAUCUGCACUCGUAGCUAAAUUUAUUGUACUUCUUGUCAGGUUAUGCCCGUUCUAGAUCAUAGACAGCAGCUUGUUGCACUCAAGUAUAAAACAUGAAGUGAAAGGGAUGAAAAAAGGGUCACAUGGUGUCAGGUUGUGUUAACGGGUAUGUUAGCUUACAGGGGAACAGGCUGUUUUGCCUGUCAUAACAAUAAAGACUGGUAGCUGUUAUGGUGGAAAUUUCUUGCCUUUUUCUUAAGAAAACAGACUUGUAUAAUACUUGCUUGUGGAUUUGUGCGUACGUUUUUUUUGUGUUUUGUUCAAUCUUUGUUAGUGUCUCAAGAGGGAAGAAUGGAGGGGAGUUGCAUAAAUGUAACAAUAAUAAUAAUCAAAACAAUCAAGAAUUGAAUUGGGGGUGGUUUUAGCCAUUUAGCCUGUUUAUUUUAGUAUUUGAAAGUAUUGUGCAAUAAAGCCUGUGCAGAGGCUGGGUGAUAUGGCAGAUCAGAAAUGGUCUUCAUCAGGUGUCUGUUCUAUAGCCACAUGAAGUGGAGGCUACGAGCAUAGCAGCGCCUGACAUACAUGUAAUUGAAGUCGUGUUGGCAUUAAUCAUCAACGAUUUCCUUAUCAUUUAAGGAUACCUUGAGUUCACUUUUGGUCUGGCUUUUCUAUCCCAUGGUUCCACUCUCUUUUUAAACCAUCUUUGAGAGGAUUGGGACCACUAUCAGGAAAAAAGAUUUUGUGAUAAAAGCUGCAAGUUUACAAGAAUCAAAUAAAAAAGAACAGACAUAACAUUACAAGAAUCAAGUUGUAAAUUGACAUGAAAGAGUCAUAAUUUGAACCUAUAUUGAUCUUAAUGUUACCAGGGAUCAGAAGAGCUGCGAGCCACCUGAUCUUACAGGAGGAACAAGUUCAGUUAACACUUUAUUUGACGCCUAUCUCUAUAACACAAAUUAGAUAUAUAUUAUGUGUUAUAAUCACAUUUUAGCACUGUAUAACUAUAGUUAUAAAUACUCAUAAAUGAUCAUAAUGCAAUAAUAACAACAGCUGCCUUGCAUUAUCUAUGUGGGCAUUGUCAGUGAGUUGUUAACAGUUAUAACACAUUGUAAUACCUGACCUUUUAAGUCAUGAUAAAAUGCUGCUUAAUGUGUUCUGAUUAUUGCUAUAAAGCAUGAGGAUCAUUUAUGAGUGUUUAUAACAAUAGUUAUAUAGUGCUAUAAUGUGAUUAUAACGUAUUAUACAUAUAUUUAUAAUGUGUUAUAGAGAUAGCCUUCAAAUAAAGUGUUAUCCAAGUUCAAUUUUAGUAUGUUUCAAUUACUAGAAAACCAUCUAAAAUUUCAUGCUUUUCCUGUGAAGUCUCUGACUAUAUACAGGUUUUUGCAAUCCAUUGUGAUCAAUCAUGGAAUAUGCUUAUGAUCACGACAUAAUCAAGGACAGAACUUCACUAGUUCACCCUCACUCUGCCUCUUUAGUGUUAAGAGGACAAGCUGCUGGUUCCAGCUACACCAUACACAGACAGGAUAAAUGCACGCAGGAUUAUUAGAAUUUAAAUUUAUCUCUUUUACUCGACCUGUAGUCUUUGAGAGAGUUUUCUCUGAACUCCACUCCACCAUGCCAUCUACAAUUUCUAAUAUUGUCCCAAAAUCAACAGCAGCCUCUUGUGCUGGGAUACUGUGUUUUUUUUUUACCCUUUCAAACCAUGACAUUUUACCUCCCAAACUCCUAAAUUUAUUGAAGCAGAUUUCAGAUUUUCAGAUUUAUCAGGGGGAAUUUUCAGUAGGCUUACAUGGACUAGAACAGCGCCUUUUAAUCUCUCUUUAGAACCAGUCACAAGUCAGCCCUGAUGUUUGAGUACAUUUUGGUGUGUGUGUGUGUGUGUGUGUGUGUGUGUGUGUGUGUGUGUGUGUGUGUGUGUGUGUGUGUGUGUGUGUGUGUGUGUGUGUGUGUGUGUGUGUGUGUGUGUGUGUGUGUGUGUGUGUGUGUGUAGGGUCUUUGCAUGUGUGCACUGACUGCACACUGCUUGCCUGGGCAGGGCAGGGCUUCCUGUAGCUGUGAUUGCUGCCUGGGCAGAGCAGCGCUCAGAUCCUUUGGUCUCUGUUCCUCUUUUUCUUUGCCACCUGGACCUUCACCCACAAACCUGGCGCCGUCUCCUCCCCUCUCUUGCUUUUCUUCUGCUCUGUUUUUCUCACUUCCUGCCUGCCUUCUCAUUAUCCCCUCAUCUGUCUUUCUGUCUGUCCCUGUCUCCUCCUCUUCCUGCUCUUGUUUGAUGCCCUCCCUCCUCUUUUCUUUCCUACAACCCUCCCUUCACUGUCCUUACACACUCACUCACUCACUCUCUCUCUCUCUGCUUUCUAUGUGUAUCCCUCAGACUCUGUGAUUCAUUCAGUGAUUCAGAAGAUGAAAAUUCAAAGGUGGUAACAGAAUCUGUUUUUCAUCCCAAACCUUGUGAUGCACAUGUUGCCACUUUUUUCCAAUUUAUUUAUUUUUCCGCACCAGUUUUAUGGGAAAAACUGUAGCGUUUGAUGUCUCACUCAGCCUUGAUGCCUUGCAGAGUAAUGGAGUCGUAAGCAAUAGAUUGGAUCCGGCUGAUCUCAGUAAUAAGACUGGAGCUAAAUAAAGGUCACAGGAUGUAGCUAGCUGUAAAUUACAUUUUAUUGAAUGAGUAUGAAGAUUAGGAGCACAACUUAUCUCUGUACUCACUAACAACUUAAUAAAUAAUGAAGGUGUGCAUACACUUGGCUUAGACAUUUGUGCACUCUGAUGUUCAGUGCCAUAUUUUUCUUUAGUUAGCUAUCAAACAUUUGUGAUUUCAACUUAAAAAUCCUUAGUAAUGGAUAACUACUAACUAUUGAUUUGUUAACCUGAGUAUAAUUAAAGCUCAGAUAUCAGAGCCCACAGCACCAAUAAUCCCUCAUCAGCGCUUCAUUGUUAGAUAACUAUCAAUAAUGACAAGAAGACAUUUUCAAAAGAACGAGCAGAACUAUCAAAACACGAUUAUAAGGCAAAAAGAUAAAAACAGAUAAUCUCUGUAUGAUUUUGCUCUUUAACAUCAAUUUCCAUCAUAUCUGGUUUAUGUUUUUGCAUCUCAGCUAAUUUUCCUCCACAUCAGCAUGUUUCCAUGACAGCUGCCUCCUCCUAUGAAUACAUGACCCAAAAGCUCAAAGACCUCUUUGUGUGUGCGUGUGUUUGUGUGCGUGCGUGUAUGUGUGUGUGUCUGUCUAUAGCUUCAAACAAGAGCUGCUUCCAAUUGAGUACAACAGGGAGCACACAGUUGUGUGUGAGAGCUGAUACCGAGCUCUUGAGAUAUAAAUAGGACCUCCCUUUAACUGGGCUUCCACCAGCAGCACUGAUAAUUCUGUGUGUUGUAUAAGUUUUAGUCUAGGUUUGUCUUUGUUGAUAUGAAGAUCUUGGGUUUAGCAUAAAUUCAAUGUAACGCCUUAAUACUGUUUGUCUAUCUCAGUGUUGUAUUGGAAAAGUUUGAGUUCUCAGAGAUUUCAUGAUUGUCCACAGUCAGGAGGACACUGUUCUCUUGUGGACAUAUCAGGCUCACCAGCAGCUCUUCCUUGUUGAUGUCUGGGCAUUUUGGCAGCAGUGCCAUACCACAGCACCCACACACUCAGCCCCCCCCCCAGUAUGUCCUGAGGUUGAUUCAAGCUUCAACCUAGUGAGCUGACAACAGUCAUGAGGUUACUCAUGCUGACAAGAUCAAUUUCUGUGUGCCUUUCACGCAUCCUGUUUCCUUCCUGCCUGAUUAGAAUCAGUUUUGCUGUCCCAAGAAAAAAAAAAAGAAAUGCUGGUUUACUUCCACUUCUGGUGUUUGGAGCGACACUUAAGGAGGGGGAGGUAAGAGCUGUGCGUUAGAAUUCUAUCGUAUAAUCAUACUUGGUUUACAGCUAAAAUUCACUUUUUUCUGUUUUAUGUCUUAAUACAUCUUCAAGUUAGGACUUAAAUUCUGAGAUUAAUAAUUCGCAGAGGAAAAAAAAAAAAUAUUUGGAUUGCAUAAAGUAAGUUAUUUAUUUCUUAUUUCUGUAUUAAAUGAACUGUUGUAUCAGACCAGCACAGACAUACUUAUACACUAAGAUUAAUUGCUGAACACUUGCAUGUUCUUAUAGUUGAGAUUAGCAAACAGUACGAUUAUAGAGUGUUUCAAGCGAUAUCCGAUUGUCCAACAAAAAAAAAAAACUAGCAGCCAGUUACAGGUUGCACGCUUGGCAGCCUCAGAUAUGUGUCUAACUCCAACAUCUGUCCAACAAGGGAACAGGAUGUCUGAAUUAUGUAGAUGUCAUAGUCUGAGGUUGAUUGAUAUGUCAGUCGAGCUGCUGCCCUCUGUGGUUUUAGUCACAGGUUCGACGUUCUCACUGUUGCACACGCUGGUUUUGUUUUUUUUGUUUUUUUAUUGCCUCCAAAUCUACAACGAUUGUCGACAUUAAUCAUCUGCAAGCUCAAGAUGGCAGUUUCCCUGGCUGCUUGUGGUGUGUGAUGCUGCAAGUAAACUGCACUAGAUUUCUGAAAAGCUCACAAGGGAGACAGAGAAAGCAAUCAGUGUGCCUGUUUCACAGAGAAGAAUGUCUGCUUUGAGAAAGAGGAGGAGGAGGAGGGAGUGAUGAGCAUGGUGAGGAAGACGAAGUAGAGAAAAGCAGGAACUUUAACUAUGUGUAGGAAUAUUUUCUCUAUUUUGUAGCUAAGGAGACACAAAACUGUGUUAGCAUUUUUUCCUCUUCUCACGUGUUUGAUGUGGUCAUGUUAGGCCCCUCCAGUCAAGGUGAGACGAACAGAUCUGGAAACCCUCAUUACAGAGGACAGAGAGGAUGAACAGAAUGGAAAAACCAUGGGAACAGAGACCGUCAAACCCCAAAGGGAUUGGACUAGAGGAAGUGUGUGUCUGCAGAUGUGUGUGUGUACAGUAUACUGUGUGUGUAUGCAUGCUCUGUAGUCAGUCAGUGCUGAGUCAUCCCUGGGCUGGCCAGGCAGAUAGAAACAGGCAUCUGGGGGGGCCAGCUGUAGGGGCACAAGGCGGCGCGCACUGAGCAUGCUCUAAAAAAGUACAGGAAGGGGAUAAGUUGUUGUGACAGGGCGCAUCCAGGAACUUUAGUGACGCAAUAAUUAUCGUUGCCAAGUUUUCGCUCCCUCAUUGACGUGCGAGUGUCCGCGUGUUCGAUCUCUGAAAAAUAUAAAGCCUUAUUGCAUGACUCGAUCGCAAGAAAUCCCAUUUUUUUUCCACGAUCACCAUCUUCAUUGAAUUUUGUCAGACAUGAAGUGGAGAGGGAGGGAAAAGUUUGCAGAGAGAUAACAAGACGUGUUGCUCCAUGUUCGACCCAACCACAACGACCCCCCCAUCCCCCACCCCCCUAUUUCUUGUGGUUUUCUGUGAUCUUGUUGGACCAAAGCUUGACGCCCCCCCACCCCCUGCACACAUACACACACACACAUGUAAUGCACACACAUUCAUACUUCCUGUAUUGAGAAUAGGCUCUUCUUUGCUGCACUGGAGGAAUAUGGUAUGUACUGUGGGCACAUGUGUUAUUUUUGACAUUGAUAAAACCAAGGCUGAUGUCUAUAAUGUAGCUCAUUUCUUCUGCCUGAUUGCUACCACUUUACAUAAAAAGACAUUUAAAAAAUUUCAUAUUAGAUUUGUAACAAAAUGUGUCCCUGAAACUAAUUGAUUCAACUUAAUUUAAAAAUAAAUUAGGUCAUUGUCUUGGCUGCAUUACAUUAAAAAGAAAAUCUAGCCAGUCUGCGGCUGAUUGUUCAACAUUGAAUCAUCUAUGGGCUGUCCCUAUAAACCAAGAAGCUCCAUUCUUGCAUCAGCUCAGGCCAGUUAUGGUUCUUUGAAAAUGUGUCCUUCCUCCUCUUGAACUCACGUAGCUGUGGAUUGAGCCUCCUUGGGGUCAGCAGUGUGAACUAACAUCAGGUAAACUGCAGAGUGAUUGACAAGAUGCAUGAAUGCAUGGGAAUGGUUUCAGUUUCCUCUUUUUUAGUUGAAAUGAGUCGUUCACUGAAACCUCUAUCUCGUUUUUCAUUGACUAAAUAUAGGGCUGCUGACAUAAAGUGCGGCAGUAAUAGCUCUUCAGAUUGUUUGUUUCGUAUCCGUCACCAUUUUUAAUGUGUCAGUUAGCUGUUUUUAUCCAGGUAGAUCAAAUUAUUAUCAUUUAAGCCACUUGCAGAAAUGUUUCACCGAUGCAUUUUCACUCCCAAGAUCAUGCUCUAUUACAAAAUACCAGCAUACAGCAAUGCUGAUAUUUUGCUCAACGGCAUGAAACUGGUGUGAUAUUGCUACAUUACAUCUGUAUUUUGAUGAACACAAGCUGCAGGCUUCUAGACAGAAAAAGCAUCUCUUGGCAAAAUUAACGAAACCUAUGCACACUCUUACAAUGCGAUAGAAGGGAAAGCAGUGAAAGGAUCAGGAAACAGACGACUGCAGGAGGCCGUUCAUGCACCGCCUCAGUGUAUAGGAUGAAAAAUUCACCAAAAAUCAAACUAAGAACAACCAUAAUAUGCAUCUAUAGGUGGUCAGGGAUUGAUUUUUCUGGACAUGCUGUACAUUGCAUUCAGUAAAAUGUACAAAAGUAGCAAAAAAAGUGCAGAAAAUGGUAGAUUUUUGUUGAGAAAGAAAGCCACAAACCAAUUAAACACUUCAUCCAUGUCUCUUGUUCUCGUCAACUGUGAAAAUAUGUAUUUCAGGAAAUUUUUAAACAAAUAUCUUAAAUUGAAGAGGCACUUCCCUGACAAAGGAGCAUCAGGACAGAUGUUUGCAAAUUACAGCAACUUACUCUUUCAGUCAGAACUUGAAAGAACUGUGAAAGUUUUAAAGGGUUUAAUAAGACUGAUAUAACAUCAUUAGCUGCAUAUAAAGCAGCAGAAAUUUAAACUACACAGGACUCUUAUUUAAAACAAAAAGGACAAAAAGCAGAGAGUCACAUAAAAGACCAAAUUGGGACAUCGAUUCAAGCAAUCACAGUCCAUAUUAUGUCCCUGAAAGAAGAUGAAGGAGAAAAAGCAGAAGGAACAGUGAGACAGGUCACAUGUAAACACACAGAUGGCCAAACAGGCAGUGUGGUUGAUUGAGAAAUUUUCUAACCAUACUUCCUCUGUCAGGGCCUCAUUCAGUGUCUGGCCCAGUGACUUAUUACUGUUUUCAUUCAUUUUAAACACUUGUGAGUCUGCCAUCCAUUUCAGAGCACUUUGGAACCGAUUUAGUCAUCUUUAUUGAAUCCACUUAUCUUCUCUCUCCUCAUUUUCUAUCUUCAUUUUAUUCCCUGCUGGUAGUUCAAGAUUUCCUGGAGUUCUUCUCAAAAAUAUGCACUUAGGGUGUUUUUGCUCUUAAUUCAAUCAAACUCUUUUCCCACAAACUGAACGGUUACCCAUUGUCCUUUGGGUGAACCGUGGCCGUUCUUAUCUAUUAAGAUACUCUUUGACUGGUUGAUUGCCAGAGAUUUUUUGCAGGACCAUGUAAUCCAAUUUAGACCGUUUAAGACUGAAAGCAGAUAUAAUCAGACUUUUGGCCGUCCUUUCUCAAUGUUUGAACUGUUUCAAACUUUUGAGGUAGUUCAAAGAAAUGCUUUGACCGUUUUUUCCAAUUCAGUUUGCAGUGUUUCGGUUUAUUCACAGAACUUUAAAUGAUCUUGAUUUGCCUCUAAUUACAAUUCCAUAUCUCUCUUUUCUUUUUACCUUUUCCCUCUCUCUUUUACAAACCCUUUUACCCCCCCUCCUGUCCUGUCUCCAACUGACCCCUCUACCCCUCAUUCUCUCAAACCACUCAUUUCUCUUUUCUUCUGUUCUCUUCUUUCUGUUUCCAACUUUUUUGUGUUUGGCAGCAGUGAUUCUCAGCCGGUCUGGUUACUGCAAUGAAUGGUAACACUAUCCAUCCAGCCAACACCACCACAACAACAGGAGGAGGCCCAGGCUUGGCAGCGCCCCCGAGAGGCUGGAGGGAAUUCUGCGAGCUGCAUGCCAUCGCCACAGCCCGGCAGCUGGCUGGACACUACCAGAGCUUUGCCAGAGAGCGGCCCCAACAUGACGUACUCCCACCAGAGACGUUUUCUAAGCAGUUCACCGACCUCUUUCAGCAGCACUUCUGCUGUGAGGUCGACAAAGACGGCGCUCCACUCAGUCAAAGCACAGGCUCUACUGCCACCAGUAAUGCUUCCUCUACCGCACCAGUGGCAACUUCCCUUCCAUUGGAGGGUUUAAUCGGUCGGUUGCGGAUCACAUCUUUGUCAGGGGUGCAGGAUUAUCGGGAGGCGGGCCGGCCGAGUGUAGGAGCUGCGCCGUUUAAUGUGGUGUCACCAAAAGUUGAGCCUGUCGUGUUGAGACGGGAGCAGGAGCAGCCGUUGCGAUGUGCAGCAGGAAGCUCCUUAUCAGGAAACCCGGUGGUGCUCAGAGGGUCAAAUCGCAGUACCAUCGGCGGGUCGCUACUGAUUCGCAGCCGUAGCAACGAGGAGAUCUCAGGCACAGAUCGUCGUCAGGUAUCGGAACGGUACUCCUCUGAUUCUUCAGCCUCUAUCCCUGCACAUGCUGAUGUCACACAUUUCUCUGUCAGUCAGAUCAGACAGACUGUGAGACGACUUCUCAAGAAACGACCGGUCCCCAGUCCCCCCUCAUCCCAGGACCUGUCUCUUAGCAACCCCACCUCAAACAACAACAGCAGUCCCCCAAAUAAUACUGACAGAGUGGGCAAUGUUUCCUCCCCAAACGAGGAGGUGUCAUCUUCCCCCUCGUCUUCCCAUUUGUCUUGUCUGAACUCUGAAGCCGUGCCCCCAGCUUCUUCACUCGUGGCAGGGGUAGCCUCUAACUUCCUGGAUCGUUUUCGCCGGUUACGAGGCGGGAGCAUGAGGCAGAGGAGGUCAGAGGUGAGCGGCUGCUGUAAAGAGGGCACCCUGAGGUACUUGCUGGUAGAUGACACUAUCUCAGACUCUCAGCCCCGCUGGCAGCGCUGCCGUCUGCUGGUCAGGAGGAUCAGGGACACUCAAGGAGGAGGAGGAAGAGGAGGAGGAGGGGAGAGGUACCAGCUGGAGCUCUAUGAUCCUCCAAAGGUAGGAACAUUACCCAAUGCAAAGUCACUCAUAUAUCCUCCUACUGUGUGGGUGUGCACAUGUUCACAAUAUUAUGAUCCACCAGAUGCUGAAAUAACCAACCGACAUAAACUAAUAGGAUAUCACCAUAUCUAGUUCUGCUGGGCAUUUUAAUCCGAAUGUGAUGGCUUAUCAUUAAAGUUCUAGUAAAAGAGGUAAAAAGUAGAUCUUUGCAGUGUUUCACAUCCAUUUUAGUCGAACUGUGUUUAGCAAAUUUUCUCCAAUGAAUGCCAGCCAUAGUUGCCGUAUGUCCUCAGGUCUACUUGUGACAUCAGAAGUGCAUUAGUAAGUUUAAUUAUGUGAACAUUUCAGUGAUUUGUAAGUAGCUGCGCCUGCAAGACGAGAUAAAACACACAGAUUUCAAAACUGAAAGAAGAAGUCGACAAAUGCAAAUACACUCUGACAUUUGUUCCAAAUGUUUUGCGAGGAUAGUUUAAAAUCAAAAUGUGAGUCAAGCAGCGAGUUAGUCGAACAAUAUCCGUUUUUGUCAUAUUAAGCAGGCUAGCUGUAUGUAAUGUUUGGGUAGUGAGGCUGUCGCUCUAGUUUCGUAGUUCCACUUCAAAUGGAGCAGCUUUUUUUACAAACAAAAGUUAUUGCUGCUGUUAUUGUUUUAUUUUUCUAGUGCAGCAUAUCAAUGGCUGAUAAUUGAGUCCUUAUUGCUGUUUGUGCAGCAGAUGCGUGCUUUCAGAAAUUUUAUGUUAUGUUUUGCAGGAUUGUGUAGGAGUGUGUGUCUGUGUGUGUGCACGUGAAUGUGGUUCUUGAAAAUGUUUGUUAAGCGUCUUCUCAGAAUUUCACUGAGGCAUUACACAGCUGGCAGGUUCCUCAACGUGUGCAGAUACAACUCUGUUGAUCUGUUUGUGUUCACAAUAAGACCAAAACCCACACAAGCUUAUACAGGGUUUAAUGUAGGUUUACCUGGCUGUGGCAGUGUGCAUGAAUACACUCUUUUCUAACACACACACACAUGAGCAGGCACAAAGUCAUUUCCUGUUUCCAGCUGUUUUAUUCGAAGGGGUUUUCCCCCUCCUAUUUCAUAUCAUCUCUUUUCUCUGCAUUGUUUUGUUGUCAUAAAUUCUAGUUUGCAACAUCUAAAGAGCUCCUUUUGCGUCGAGUUUGCCACAUGUUAAAACAUGACCAAAGCUAUGAGGAGCUUCAUCUGUACAUACUGCACAUUGUGUGGUUGAUUUUCUUGCCAUCUUUGCCACUUCUUAUUGUUCUGACCUUUUUUAAAAAACAGCCAUAGAUUGUGCUCUGAUGUUCAACAUCAACUGAUGUUUUCACCUGGCUGGAAAAGCAAGAGAGUGACAUUUGGAGUUCAGUUGAAACUAAAAGUAAUGGAAAUUAAUCAGUGCAUCGUGCCUGUUCUUGCCUGGUAUGCUUAGUUUCAGUGUCAUUAUCAAAGCACUAUCAUUGGUUUCACUCUGAUUGGCUUGUAAAGAUGGGGUUAGAUAUAGUUUGACCUUUAACAUUCUUGAAAGUUGUUCAGGAAAUAAAGGGAGUGCUAGUUCAGUUACAGAUAAAUGCACCACUGAUUAUUGUCAAACAUCUCUAAUGCAGUCAUUUUCAUGCAUUCAUAUCACAUCAUCUGUCAAUUGAGACAUUUUGGUGCUCAGCUGCCUCAAAGAAACGGCAUGUCUUCUUUAACUGCUCAGUUAAUAGAUAUGCCUCCUACGCAAUUUCCUGUUUGUUUGAGGUUUACUUCAGCCAGUCAGAACGUUUCUACGAAUUUCUUUGUGACUAAAACAUCGACUUAAACAUAAAGAAAAUAUGAUAUUGUCACAUCAAAGAUAUUUUCCUUGAAAAACUUUGCAUUGUAAUGUUUGGAAAAGGGUAAAUUAGCUUGUCUUCCCCUGACUUUGCUUAAAAAUAAAAAUGCACCAGGAAGCUGUUUUCUUCUGAAUAUAUAUGUUUGGCUCUUAGCAUGAAAUGUAAUGGCAUUAAACCCUGUGAUAUUCCCAGAUAAGGCCAGCUGCAAGGUCGCAUGUGCCUGCACACCCAGUCCCCCAAGAUCCCCAAACCAGUAAUCAGAGUGGCUGGGUUUACUGCAUUCCUAGCCGCUGUCAUCUAUAGGGUCAGUGAAAGUACAGUUCAGUCUCUUUAGGGUGUGUGCAAGUGUGUGUUCUGGCACAAAUAGAGGUCAGAGGAGGAGAAGUUGCAUGCAUGUGUGUGUGUCUGUGUGUGUGUGUGUGUGUGUGUGUCUGUGUGUGUUAAAUGCAUAAAUGUGCAAGUAGGCUUUUAUAUUUAGCAGCCCUCAACUUCUUGGCCAGCUGCAGCCCAGAGCAUGUAUGUAAGGUAAUUCAGUGAAUUGCGUGUGUGUCAUUGUGUGUGCGCGCUCGUAUGUGUGUGUGUUUGUCAGUGCAUGUAUUUUAGUAGAGAAAUGCAUUGAAAAGGUUUUCCUAGCUGAUUGCAAGGCUGUUUUGAGUUAGCCAACUCCACAGCAGCUUUGAAUACUCAUUAUCGCUCUCUUUAUUUUGUGCUUGUGUGUACUUGGGUGUGUAAACGUGCUUGUGCAUAUAUGUGUGUGUGUGAGAGAGAGUGUGUGUGUGUGUGUGUGUGUGUGUGUGUGUGUGUGUGUGUGUGUGUGUGUGUGUGUGUGUGUGUACUCUUGGUAGGGUAGAGAGUUAAGGCCCUGAAAAUGUCCUUAAAAGGAAGGAGAGCUGUGGACUCACAUGAACACUCGGUAACAUACAGAAGAAAACGCACGUGUUCACGCCCCAGGAGAAGUCAUUCAAACACACCGACCUGUAAUGUGAUGAAAGUGCUGCUUUCGUUUAUGUGGAUCUGAAUUCACACAUCUGUGCACUUUCUAAGACUGUGUGUAGGUGUGUGAGCAUGCAUGCCUGCAGCCUGCACACAGAAUAUGAUCAUCAAUACUUUGCAUUACUUUUUCUUGAAGUGUUUCUGUGGGUGUGUGGAUGUGCAUGUCUGUCUGUCUGUCCGUCUGUCUUUACCGGUGAGAAACAGCAGUAAUGUUGGUGAGCUGAUUGAGCACAAAAGAGGAAGCUGCAUGGAAACUGAUAAUGUGUUCUCGUGAGAAAGCUUCAGUCAAGGCGCAGCAGGGCCGUGGCGAUGCAGAAGUCGAGGCAGGAUUCUGAUGCAGAGCAAACUUGGAUAGGAAUGUAACUUUAACCUACUUAAAUCAAAUUAAUCAGGGGAGUUAAAAGCAUAGCAAAUGCCUGAACAAGACACCACAUGGAGAUUUAAAAGGUUAGAGAAAACAAAGCUAGAAUAAGCAAUAAGUACAAGUCUGAUCGCUCAUCAAAUUUUAUAUAUGCGUUUUUUAAUCAUCAGCAAAUAUAGCUAAAAUAAACAAUAAGUACAAGUCCGAUCUCUCAUCAAAUUCUAUUUAUUUAUUCUUUUAAUCAUCCCAGAAGGGACAUUCAUCUCAACACUGCCCAGAAAGUUAACAGGCAUCUGUCAAGCUACAAACCCAGUUUACAAACUGGGUCCAUACCCAAAGUUGGACCUCCUUUUUUAAAAGUAUAGGUUUUAUGUUCUCACUUUCUUGCAGAGUAAAAUGCAAAAUUUGUGGUCACACUUAAAAUGAUCAUUACACAAUAAAAAAAAAAAACCUCUCCCUGAAUGAUUACUUUAAUCUUCUUUAUUAAGUUUGAUCGUAAUUGGACAAUGUUUUCUAUACAAACUCUUUGCUUGAUCCUUUUGUAGGACAAUAAGUGACUUAUUAAUUCUGUAUGCCUCCUGAACUGGUAGUUGAACAGACAUGUUUAAGGUCCGUGUCCUGUGUUGCAGAUGCAAUCCAAGCCAAAGAGCUGUAACCCUUCUUUUAUUGCAGAAGUGAAUCUAGUCAUGUCAGCUGGAAAGAGCAAAUGUCUCCACAAUGUCCCCUGUGUUCGUCUGAAACUUGAACUCAAAAUCUAAGGGCCAAUGUGUCAGUAUUUCCUCAUGGAGAUCCUGAGGACAGAGAAUUUAAACAUUCCCCUCUUGGUUCUGGUAGAUCACUUACUUUUCUCUAUAUUGUGCAUUUUCCCGCAAAUCUUUGGAGUCAUCUUUUGCUCUCCAAGCUUCGACUCUCUGUCUACCCAAAUGUUUUUUUUUCUCUGCCACAUCGAGCCCCACUUUCCCUUUCAUCUGACGCACAGUAGUUAAGGUUACAGACAAGGUUAGCAUCUUGCCAGGAAAAUCACGGUAUUCUGUCUCCCAGAGUCAGUUCCCACAGACUUUGAGCAGUGUGAUGGCGGAUAUGUUUCCUCAGACCUCCUGUAGACCUCAUCUUAAUCACACCCUUCACAUCUCAUCACAGCUGUGCGUUUUGUGCGUGUGUUUGCGCGUUUGCAUGUGUUUGUUCCAGCUCUUCUACCCUUAAUCUCUCCCACAUGUUUUCAUUUCAUGCUUGUGUGUACAUGUGCCUACACUCUGUAUCGUAUUGCUAUUAGAGUUAGUCUUUCUCUCUAUGUUUGUGCUCUUUGCCUUUCCUAUAUAGUUAAUGCAUGUAAGAAUAUAUAGUCACUGUAUUGUCUUGGCCUUUGUGUCUUCCUGCGAGUCAUUUGAUACUGUCCUUAAGUAAAGUAAAGUUUAAAAAUGUGGAGUUAUGCUUUGUGAAAACCAGAAGAAUUAAAUUAACACAGCUGAACUAUACGACUUAAAAUAUUUGUGUUUAUACAUUCUUCUUUUUUUCUUUGAUUUUAGCAUUUUUCUCACUUUUUUUUUUGAGCACACAUAUUUUUUCUCUCUCUGACAGUAAUGGAGGAGUUUGCAACAUCAGUGGAAAAUACUUUUCCAACUAGCAGACUCUGGUGUCCAUCUGUUCUGUGUUACUUCUCGUACUUUGGUCUCUCAUAUGGCAACAUGCAGCGUUAAUAUGGCUCUCGUUGCAUACCACAACUAAAGCUCUGAACACACACAUGGGCCCCAGUCAGCUGAACCAGAAACAGAAUGAAACCAACCAAGAGAGACACAGGAAACACAACAGCAGGAGACUUGAGAAACACAGACGAAAAGUUCAGUCAACAAGCCAGCGAAGAGGAGGACAGACAGACAUGGCCAAGCUGUCUGUAGGUCUGUUUGUGAUGUAUGUUUUUAGGGUCAGGGUCUGGAGAAUCCUUAGACUGAGAAGAAACGUGUAGGUGCCUCGUACUUAUUGAUCUGUUUUUCCUGGUCUAACAUGUAAGCAGUUAGCUGUUUGAUAUCACAUAAAUGUUCAAACUUUAACAAACUUAUUUCAAACAAAUAUCAGCUGCAAAAAAAGUGUCUUUUUAAAAGCGGUCAAAGUUUAUGUAACCACAAAUCUAUAUCUACUGUUCAGAUGGUAGGGAAAUAGAAAGUAAAACACACCCUUUCUUUUGUUAACCUGUUUGUGCCUUCAACUAAUUUUAACCUUUCUGAAAAUCGCUUUUAUGCUGAUGAAUUUUUUAUGGGGUUGACAUGCGGCCAAAGGCGGUUUGUUGGAUUUGAACUGGCGUCUCCUGCUUGGCCAACUGUACUUUGAGAGCAUGUGAUUUAGCCAUUGAGCUUAAGCAGUGCAUGUACGCGUACACAUACACUAUUUUAAUUGAGCACAAGAGAGUUUUUUUCUGGCUUUACAGCCUGAAACAAUCCUCUCAGAGUCCAUUGAAAUGACGCUACUUAUAAACAGACUUUUUUGCAAAUCAAGAAUAAACUUUAUGGCAUAAAAAAAAACAAAAAAACAAUAAUUGGUGAAAGAUAAUUUAUCAUCAACUUUUGGUUAAAAAAAAUGGUUAUAGAAGUUUUAAAGCAGCAUUCUCCACAUCCUGACUCAGAACUCCAUCCUUGUUUUGUUUUAUGUGUGAGUAAAAUUGAUAUUUUAAAGUCCUUGAGUCAUUGAAGAACAUAACUAGAAAUUUUGAUGUUAACAUGACACUUCAGGGGAUAUUUAAAAACACUGUGUAAUUCAUCCAUGUUGAAAGUUGAUUUUAGCUGCAGCCUUGACACUGCUCCCCCAGAUGACUGCUUUGUUUUGGUUCCACACAGUGAUGCCUCAUGUUAUGUCUAAAUGUAAACCCUUUGAUCGGCUACAACAGGAGAUGUUGGCACAGGUCUGUGUUAUAAUUGUGUAAAUUCUCCAGAUGGUCAGUCUGCCUGCGCUGACACCACAGCAGCUCCAGAUCCCCGAUAAUUUCUUCAGAGAGACUCGAGUUUCAUUUUGUAUCAUAGCUUUUCUGUAUCUCACCCACAAAGUCAAAUCUUUUCCGCUUUCCAGGGAUGGAGUUUCAUAAAACCUAGACGCUGUGCCUUGAAGUCGCUCUCUGAGUCAUGUAAUGGAUAUACGUGUGUGGGUGCACAUGUGUCUUGUGUCUGUACACCAUAUUUAUAUAUGCUGUGAGCAUGAUCUUGCCAGUCCUCUGUUUCUGACCAGAAAUUUAGAAAUGGUGAAGUGUGAUUUUGUCUUGUUUGUUAUCUUUGGUAAGUAAAACUGGGUUUCUUAAGCUUUUGUGGCUUUUUGGCCUCACUGGGCUCUGCUUUUUUAGUUUCUCUUACUGACCUGCCUGAACUUGUCCACCCUCUUCCUUCCAAUUUUUGCGUUGACAGAUCUGUAUCAAGCACAGCCCACAGAGAUCUGUGGGAAUUUUCCUUUUCCUUUCUUUCUCCUUUUUUCUUUUUUUUUAUACCUUUUUGAAAAAGUUUCGAUAACACAACCCCUCUGAGUCCUCAGGCAGCCUUCCACUUGGCCCCUGAGUUAGAAGAUCCUGCUGGAAACAAUCUCUCUGGUAGGCUGAUGUUGGUCAGAAUGACAGGACAGCCAACUACAGAUCUGUCCUCUGGUCUGAUUGGCUCUGACUUAUGGGCUUUCUUAACCAUUUUUUCUUUCACCAGUAUGUUUUUGACAUCUUAGAAAACAAAAACAACAAAACUUGCAUUAGUUUCCAGAACUAAACAUGACUUUUUUGAUCCUUGAGUUGAUCAGCAAACCAAAAAACAGUGACGGUAAUUAUGGUUUUCUCAGAAGAAGCUUUUUCACCUCUGGUAGGCUUCCAACUUUAUUUUCACAUUUCUACAAAGCUGGAAACUGUCUUGUGAUAUUUCAAACACUUGAGGCGGAAGAGAGACACGCCCAUUGACUCUGAGGAAUGAUUGUUCCUUUUUGUAAAAAGGCUUUAAUUAGAGAGGACGGGACGGUUGACAGAGCAGGUCAUAGGAGCCGAGAGGCAGCAGAAAUACAGAUUUAUUGAUUAUCAGGGCCAAACAUAGAACUGACCAUUUAAACAAGAUGCGAAAUCAAAUCUACAUGUUAUUGGUUAAAAAAAUUAGAGAUCACUGCAUGCAGAAAUUGUUGCUUGAUAAUAUGUUAGUUUAUACCAGGCACCCUUUUGUAGCUUCUUACUAGGUCUCUGCCCUGAAUUACCGUGCUCUGUGUGUGUGUGUGUGCAUGCGCGGUUGCCAUAGCUAGUUUGACCUUCAAAAACUCACACAGUCAUGGGAAAGUUCACUGAGGUGUACGCCAAAAGAGUCAGGUGUGUAAGAAGUAGAAGAAGAAGUUGGUUCAGUUAGGAUGGUAGUUUCUGUGAGCUCAUUAAAACAGAUUUUUUUUUUUUUUUCCAAACCAGCUGUGGUGGAAAAUGUGAGCGCCUCUCAUAGAGGGUUCGGCUUUUUGUUGAUUGUAUGUUGGACACUGGCCACUGUUGAUGGAGUUUCGGUUUACAUUUCGUGUUUUAGAAUUAAGCAUCUUGCUUCUCAAAUGAAAGUGCUCACACAACAUAAUUCCUGAAAGUGGGUUUUAGGGAUUAUGAUUUGGUAGAAAACCAGCAUUUAGCCAGAAUCAGGGGUAAUGACUCUUGUCAGGAACCGAGUGAGUCAUAGAGAAAUUCUACAGAGUUAAAACCCACACAUUUCAAAGGAAAGCACUUGGACUAAACAUGAACCUCAAAGUGUUGCAACCUCUCAGAUGUUGCACUCUACAUAUGCUUCAUGACUACAACUUCUCCUUUUUCUGCCUCUAUAAACUCUGAUGGGAACCUGUAGACCAAACAAAGACCUUUCUAACCAUUUGAAAAGGAGUCCUAACAGUUUGGGGUCUUUAUUGUUUUUCACGUCUAUUACUAUAAUUCAUUCAAAGGACAUUGUGCACAUGAACCACAAGGCUUUUCUCAGCAGCAGGAAACUCUAGUCCAGUGGUUCUCAACUGCUCUCACUCUGGGACCCACAUUUUCCCAUGGUCCUUAAGUCGCGACCCACUCUUAUAAAAUUCAAACCAAUCAAAUUUAUUUCUUAUAAAAAAAAAAAACUUUAAAGACUCAAAUCUUUGACAUAAAUACACCUAUUUUAUUGAGCAAAGUGCAUUUCAGAGCACAUGAACUGAAGAAGACAACUACUAAAGUUUCGUAGACAGAAAAUAUCAAAUUGGAGACCAGCAAAAUUAAAAAAUUUGGCUGAACCUGAGGAGGACCAUGAAAGAGCUUGGACAAAAAUGAAUAUCAAAUUGCACAAAAUAAAGACCAUAAAGAAACAUGUAAUUUUACUGCAUUCAAGCCACAUUAAUAAGAAACCGAGGAAGACCAAACAUAACGUGUGCCUUUCCAAAGAAGCUAUUUUUCAAAAUAAAGACAUGUCAAACAUCAGACGCGCACUAAAUAUGUACUUUUUUGACCAGUUGUUCUCGACCCAUCCAGGAUGUGUCCACGACCCCCUUUUGGGUUGGGACCCACCAGUUGAGAACCACUGCUCUAGUCUCUAAUGUAGAAAAACUCUUUGAGGGAUUGAAAUGGACUGGAAUACCCUCCAUAGAUGAGGCCUUCAGCUUUGAUGACUCAGUGAGGCAGUCCUGGACAAUAGUUAACCAUAAAGCAAGUUUGUGAAGAUGGGCUGGAAGUUUGGGAUUCUAUUGGUUGUCCUGAUAGACAAGCAGUGUCAUUUAAUCUGGAGUUGGAGGCAGUGAUUUUGGAUUUGUAGAGGUGGGGGCCCAAAACUUUUUUUUUUAGGGAUGAGCAAUGUGGAAAUUGUUCUUGCCACAGGUUUGCUCUUUAACCUUGACAGGAAACUGGAUGGAGUCAUAGGAGUCAAUUGAGAAUUUAAAUGUCAUGUGGGCUCAGUUUAAAGUGCCAAACAUCCUACUCGUCACAAAUUCAGCUGGUUCCUGAUUUUAAAUGUGCAGAUUUUCUCGUUGCACUGAGAGAGAAUAAAUGCUUUCACGGGAUGUGACUCUCAAAACUGAAUACAUAUAUACACAGAGCUGGCAUCCAGAAAGAGCAUAGUAUAAUAUCCUGGGUCUUGUUUGUGUUUAAUUGUCUGUCAGAACAGGAAACUGAAAGGCAUACAUGUGCAGCAGUGAGUUUUUAUAUUGCAGAAUGCAGCUUCCUCUGUAGGGUAUUGAGGUAAUCAGGAAAGAGAUGAAAAUGGCCUCAAAGGUGGUUCAGCCAGCUUGUUUGUAUAUUUCCAUUCAAGUCCAAAAUAAAGGUGACCCAAAGGCAGGUGCCACUGCAUUGGAAUAAAACUCAGUGAGGUGCUUACAUUUUUGUGCAUCAUCGAACAGGCAUUUCUGUAUCAAAGGGAUGAUUUUAGAGAGUAAUCGUUUGCUUAAAUCAAAAAGAGAGAGCAUGGAAAAGCAGAGAAGGUAAAAUGUUGUGACGAAAACGGCUCACAGAAUGUAAAUCAAACAACAGAAAUCUGCUUUGAACAUCAAUUGUGGCUAUUUUUUGUUUAUUUGCAUUUGAAAAGUCUAAAAGGUGGACAUGAAAACCCUAUUGUGUGUGUGUGCAUGCGUGCAUCUGUGCGUAUGUGUGUGACAAAAAUCUAUAGAAACAUCUGAAGGAAGUGGAGUGGUUAGAGUCAUGUGGUCAAGAUGUUUGUCAGAUCUCGUGUUCUGUCACUCUCUAGUUGUGUAUCUUUCUCUGAACGAGGGGCUUGUCAUCUUCUUGUAACCUGCUGCUCUGGACAUUUGACUGAAAACUAUCUUCUGUAAAGAUCAGUGUGUGAUGGUCUGAGGUGUAUGAAAUCUUUUCUUCCCUGUUUUACCUUCUUGGUUGAAUUACGUAUAGAUUUUGUGUCAACCACAGUGCCAGUGCACAUGACCCUGCUAAGCUGCAUUCGGAAAGCCCCUAAAGAAAAGCCGUGCCACACUUGAUUCAAGUCCUCCCCAGGCCUCUGUUUUUCUCAUUUGUCUGUGCAUACACACAAAUACACACACACACACAGACAUGCAUGUGUACCUGCAAUCACAAAUGUGUUACCUAGCACUGUAACGCCGUGGUUCUUGAUGAUUUAGUUUGCUUUGUUGACCUAAAUAACAGCUGGGAACACUUUUUUUCAUACUGAGAUGGAAAAAUGUAAGCUACACCCUUACUGUACACAACAAGCUGAUAAUUAAGUUUAAUUUAUACGUACAUACCCUGAGCUCCUGGGGUGUUAGGCAGCAAUUUAGACUCAUUUUUGAGGAACCAAGCAGCAACUUAGAAAUGAAGCUGAAGUGAAAGUGCCAAAAAACAAAAAAAAAAAAAACGGUGGUUCCUUUUCUGGCCACUUGAGACCGGUUUCAAAAGUGAGUCAGCCACCAUAACACCUUAUUCACCCGUCACACUCGACCGCGACUUUGACAUGUUUGGAGCCUGUUAUAAAUAAUGGUUUUGAGCUCUGUUUCUUAAAUCAGGCAGAUUAUUAAGUCUCGUCAGCUACCAGCAGAAAUGAAAUUAAAUUUACUGAGAAACACUUGGGUUAACCUGACAGUCAAUUCGUCAAAGUUGUGCAGCUGUCUUAACUCAGCACCCACUCUGAAAAUAACACAGUAAAGGUCCUUUCACACCGGGACCAUCUUUAUCGUGCAAUUAUUUCAGAUGUCAAUAUAUAUAUAUUUUUGAACCUGUAUCCUGUCAAUACAAGUGUUCACAUCAGCAACGUUUCCUCGUCCUAUGAUAUUGUGGCAUUUAUUUUUCGGAUCAUGGUCGAUUUUUCUGAGGUUUUGCAUACUGUGUGUCCACUUCUGUCCAAUCAGAUGGCGUGUUGUUGCGACGUCAGAUUCACUGGUAUAUCCAACAUAUCCAACCGGCUGAUUGUUUACGUGUCGGAGAACAGAGUGCUUUUUGAUAAAAGACACAAACAUUACAACAUAACGACCUGAAGGACAUGACUAUGGUUUGUGUGCUUUAACAGUUUGCUAAACGUCUUUGUUUUAACUUUCAUCUGUGCUAACGUAAGCUAACGGUUGUUACCAAAGUUUCAUGUGCUUAUAUUAUCGCCUCUGAUUGGCUAUAAGUGCUGACCGUUUGGCUUGAGCGUGUGAUGACGUUUCCAGCUUUUCUAGCCAAUCAGAGGUGACGGAAGCGGGACUUCCCCUGGCCAAAGUCUUCCCAGGAUGCAUCUUUUUCCCCCGGAAAGUAUCAAAAUUGCAUCAGGCUUGAUGUGUACAGUCAGGCACGUCAAAAUUCACCUCCGAAUUUUUCGUGUUUUCACGUUCUGUAUUUGCGUUGGCUCCGGUGUGUAAGGACCUUUAAGCCCCAAAAUGUACAACCUGAAUAUUAAUUGCACAUAUUUUUCCUCGAAUUAUUUUCUUCAUAAUGCUGCUUUGUUUGUUUCAACAUGUGUUUACACUCCUUGCAUCAUAAUCACAGUUUCCUCUUUCUUGAGUCUGUUUAAUCUGUUGUCUGUGUUUUUACACAGCUGUAAACUAAAAUACGAAUUUUUUUUUUGUCAUUCCUUUUUGAUCCUUUUUCUUUCUAUUUUUUGUCAUUCUUGGUAUUCAGGCAUCAUUAGUCCUACAACAAGUUCAGGAGCAGCAAAAAUAGACUUGUCCCGUAUCUUUAGCAGUGCUGCUCUCGACACAUUUCUGAUACGAUGCUGCGACGGAGCUGAUACAUGUCCUGUCUGCAAUGCUGCAUUGAUGAGAAUGGCAACCUUUUUGCUGCGUGAUACGCGACAAAUACGCGCUACAUGUGGAUCCUGUAUAUUUUAGCCUUCAGUGCUUCUAGCUACAGUAGCCCAGUAAGCCUCCGAAUUUACAGCAGGGUCAGGGAGGUGUUCGUUAAAGCAACAGGUUAGAUCAUCUGUUCAAAGAUUACGACAGUCAAGUUAUGUAAAAUUAUUUUAAGCACAAAUGGUUAUAAAUUCAACACUUGGUUGAUUUUCCAAACGUGUUUGCUUCGUACAGUUGAAUAUUUUUCCUUUGUUUCCUAAAUCUGGUCUGAAAAUGCUUUAAUUCUUCAAUAAUUAAAGACAAUGAACACAUUUCAAAAAUGCUAAUUAGAUUUUAUAUGGUAUUAAAACUCCAAAGUGACUGUUUCUACGUAACAUCUGUCCUCUACCCUCCCCUCGUUGUUUUUUUUCCCUCCGUUUUCUCUCUGCUGUAUAAUGAGUCACAUCUCCAGCUCCCUCCCUGAAUCCUCUGGGCAAGUCUUUAGCCUGGUUUCCAUUUCAGCGCAACACACAGCUAGCAUUUAUUCAUUAUCUGUGCCUCUCAGUUUUCUCUCCAAAUAAGAAAAAAAACUGUUUUAUCCUGUUGCCAGCAGAGAUGAUUUGUCAAUUGGGCUGCAGCCUUUAACUCAGCAAAUUGUGGUCUUUUGAUCCUGUGAUUUAAACAUUUCAAGUUUGUUCUGGCAAGUGCAAGUCCCACUUGGCUUCAGCUCUUGUUUGGAAAAGUUAUCAUGACCAGAUCUCCUUCCCUAUGUAACCUGGUUCUGGCUCAGAAGUAACAGGAACUGCAGUCAUAAGGGGGCAAAAACUGCACACUAAUGUUUAUUCAGAGACAAUGGUGUGGCAAAGGGGCAGGAGGGAGAGGAAGGACAAGAGGGAGUUUUUCUUUGCCAGCUUCUGGCCUGUUUUAGAAACCGAUUACUGUGGAUUCAAAGAACCAUCCACAUCAGAUUUCAAUUUGAAUUGCUUUUCAAAAUCAAAAACAGUAAAGCAAUAGCAGAACUUGUCCAAUAUUAUAACCCAAUGUGGGACAGAGAUGUAUGCCUAUCUGGAGCGGCAAGUAGUGAAAGUUUUCUUACCACUUCUAAUGAUGCCAACCUCCUCUCCCCAGCUUAGAGGACCAAGUACUGAACUUGGGACAGAGCAUUUUCCAUUGAGGGAGCGGGCCCCCUAAACACAGACUCUACUGAUCUACCCACAUUUAAAUCCCAGCUCCAAACCCAUCUCUUCAGAACCACUUUGACUGCAGACGAUGUUUGAACCGUUGCUUUAUUCAUACAUAUGAUUAAUGUCUUGUUCCAUGUGUCCAUUUGUAAAGUGUCUUUUGAAAAGCACUACAUAAAUAAAAUGUAUUGCUAUCAGGGUUUUUCCUGGCUCAAAUUGAGGCAGAGGUGGCACCAUCCUGACCAUGCGCCAUGACGUGCAUGUAUUUGUAAAUUCAACUGACUCAUUUUCUUUUACAGGCAACAUACUUUAAGUUAAGAGUUCAAAAAAGAGUGUGACCAUUAUCAUGUUAAAGCAUUCAUUUAUUAAAACUAUAUACAUACACAAAUCAGCUGGCAACUUUAAAUUGAAAGUACACUUCAUCCACACAUCUCACAACCAGACAGAACAUUUCAGCCUCCUCUUUUUCAUUCUGUAGAACCUCCUCAUGCACUCCUUGUAGUCCAAGGCCUCCUGGUCUGGUCCAUCAACGGCCACCUUACAACAGACAUCCAAGUGCCUUUCCUUCAGUCUGUUCCGCAGAGGUGUCUUCACCUUAAACAAAACAAUUCAUCAUGCAUUAAGUAUUUUUGUUUUUAUUCUGAUACAGACAUGAAGAGUGAUAGUGUUUUAAUCAUAUAUUAUAUAUAUGUAUACGUUGCAGUGUCCUCCCUAAAAAAACGACAACCAAUUAUUUCUUAAACUAUCUAAACUAUGUUAUUUUAGUUUUUGUAACUUUAUUAGUUGAGUGUUUUUAGGUACUACAAUGUUUAAUAUACUUCUCCAUCUCUUCUGCUGCUUUGUGAACGGCUGUCACCUCAUGUCUUUUUAAUGUGUCCAGCCUGUAGUUGGUUGAUGGCUGUCUCACUAAGGAGGCAGCAAUUGCCUGCUGUGUUGGGGCACAGUGCUUUUGGCAUAAAUAGCAGUGCAUGCCUUCCUCAGUAUGCCUGAGCCAGGUAAAUUGAUUGAGCCACUGCUUGUCAAAGCCACUGGCUCUGUGUUUUUGAGAAGAUCUAGAAAGAGAAAUAAAAACCACGUACACGUUGGUUUUGCGUUGUUAUGCUCCUAAUUGGAAACUAAUUAAUUAAUUACCCUCACCUCGCCGACUCGUCCUGUCCUGCAUUCUGACCCUCGCGAUCACCAGUCCCUUGUGAAGUACUUUCAAACCUGAAAACAAUUGUCCACGUUGUCCCCACCAUGAGUUAUAGCAUUUUAACUGCCUGUUACGUUUUUUCUCUGCUGUGUUUCACCUGGACUCUUGACUUUCCUCCUCGCGAGGUCGCUUUUUAAAGUACUGUCUGAUUUUGCCUGUCAUAACUGCAACGCUAAAAACGGAGUAAACUUUUUUUUUAAUAAACACGUCAUGCUUGGAUGCAAAAAAGACAAGCAGUAUUUACCUGUUUGUACCAGCCGCCGGGGAAAAUCAGGUCGCCGAUAGCACCAACUAGCGGGAAAAAAACUUGAAAAAACAUGAUUCGAUCCGUUUCUUCUUCGGUAGAUGCUUCAGGUCUUUCCGGUGCACUGCUGUUGAUAUAGCGCCUUUAUAGUGGCGCAACCCUGCAACUGCAGUUAAAAUACGUUGCUGCUGCAGAGGGACAUCAUACACUCAAUCAACACAGCUGGAGCUUUACGCUGUGUUGAGCGAAAUCAAUCGCUCUGGCUGGGGGCGGCACAAAAUUAGGUGGAGGCGGCCGCCACGCAAUUUUGAACGCAGGAAAAACCCUGGCUAUUAUUUAUUUAACCAAAUACUUUAGCAAAAAACAUUGACUGUUUGACUGUUUGAAGUUUAUUUGCCAUAAUUAGAGAAUGAAUGCUUGUCCCUUCUUUUGGAGAAAUAUCACACUAGUCUUGAAAUUGAUAGAUUUCCACGGAUAUGAAGUGAUUAAUGUCAGAGUGGGUUAGACAUGAGUCAAAGCGUGACUCAAUCCAAGAGUUUGGAUUGAAGAGUUAUUUUAAGAAAUGCUGACAGUUGCAAAAAAGAAAUUCUCACCAAAAGCUCAAACUUAGUCAGAGCCGAGAGGGAGGAAGACUUGGAUCACAGGGAGAGGAACAGGAAUGCACAGGCUGAGGAAGAAUACUGUAUGUUCUCUAGACUUGUCCAUGUAUGUGUGUGCAGUGUACUGGACACACAACACACCCUUAACUGACCAUCACAUACAUACACACCCAUAACUGACAUACGUGAAUAAGUUGCAGACACAGGGGGACUGACACAAACAUGUAAACACGGGUGGUUCCUGCGCAAACGACAAACAGGUGGCUCUUCUUAAACCUUCUCACCGCCUGUUUUAUACAUAAUCAUUCACACUUCAUAUAUAUUUUGGCAAGUGAAUAAUUUUAAAGCAGGUGUAAGACACACUUUUAGGAGUAUUGUUUUAACAGGAUUUAAGAUUUCCUUUUAAAAAAUGUAUGAGUAAGUCAAUCUGCCUGGAAAUUUGAUCAGUCCACUUGAGCGGUGUCAGCGGGUUCAUUUGUGCUCUCCGACCGUGACUCAUCUGCAUCCUGGUCCUGUUUUCCAUCAUAUUUCACUCGCACCUUGUUAAGCUUUUGUUCUUGUGCUUUACUUGCCAAGACAUGCUAUUCAAUCAAAGAUCAGAAUUUAAAAAUACAAGAUUAAAUCUUUACUAUAACGGCAGUCACAGCUCAAGAUCUUGAUAAAAUGUACCUGGUAUUGCCCACUCAAUUCUGUCUACACAUAUUUUCUUCGGAAAAAAUGUACUCCGUCAAAAAAAGUUUGUGUAAUUAUCUGUCAUCUGUAAUUUUUGUGCAUUUUUGUCAAUAUUUGAAAGCCACAGAAGAGAUAAGGAAGGAAAUGAGAGAGGAGAGAAAAAGCCCCAAGCUGGAUUGAGAUUGAAGACCACAUCCUAGACCAUUAUUCAGCAGGGACUCUCUGAAACUCAUCUUUUAAAGGCACGCUGCUAUAUAUAUUUAAAUCCAGACUCACAAAGCUGCCUUCACUGGUUCCCACUCCAGCACAAUUAUGGUGAGUACAGUGUUGUUUGUGGUGCAUGAAGUAUUUAGAAUAUGUCUCUCCAAAAACAAUACUCCGGUUACUCUGGAUUAUUCACAGACAUGACCGCCAGUGCUUUUCAUCAGGAGUACUUCUUUGCUAGAAAGCAGCCCCAAUAAAAAUAGGACACAUUUUCAACAGAAAGUGGUGCCAACAAAAACUUCUCCCAGUCAGGUCUGCAGAUUGUCAGGAGUCAGUGGUGAAUAUUUUCUGGAAAAAGAUAUGAAUGUUGAGUUUUCAGGUGUCCUUUUUUUAAUAUUAUGAGCCCAAAAAAUUGGUGUAUCUUUACUCCUUGUUGUAUAUCCUUGGCAAAAAAAAGGAUCACAAGUUAUUCACCUGAGGAGAUUCUGUUUGCUACUUUUGUGAGCACAAAAAAAUGAUCUAUGCAUUGUGAUACGACUUUGCGAAAUGUAGUAGCUGCUAUGCACACCACUGCAGUACGAACAUCUGACCUGUUUUUUUAGACAUCUUAUGAUUCUACUACCUCUCUCAAAAAAAGCUGAAUGUUGUUAUUAAAAAACUGAGUGAGAUGUUAUCACUUCUCCUUUUUUCUUCCUCUCUUUCAGGGUUGCUAAUUGCUCUUUUUUUAUGCUGUGCAAAACCACAGCUAAUUCAUUUACAUAGAACUGCCACUCAGUUCUAUGAAUCUGGAGUGUACUCUCUUAACUUCUGCAUGUUUGGCUUGUGUAUCAGUAUUUCUGAGAAUGUUGCAAGGAGGGCAGCUCGAUGAACUGACACAUUUAUUUAUUACUGAAGGCUGUGUCUCUAAGCAGCUUCUGACAGGUUUCCUAGAACACACAUAUAUAUCUCUAUCAGUGUUGGUAACCCCACAGUGUUUCUGUGUGUGCGCGUAUGCGUGUGUACUUGAGUGUUUCCCACAUCCUCGAUGAUGCCACAGAUAGAGCUGAAAGUGAGUUUGAUCAGGUUUAGUGAUCUGGCUGCGUUGCUCCUACAGUGUACAUUUAGUACAUCUAGUGUGUGCAAAGGUGGCGUACAGAGCGGUUUGCCUUUUCGAAAGAGAAAACCGUCCCUCAACAACUCCCCUGUAGCUGUUGUACCUUAAAUUGUUACUCGUCUUACAGUAAAAAGUGAAAGCAAAAGAGAUCAUUUAUUUAUUUAUUUUCUGAAAUGCCUUUUUUGCUUUUGGACCUCCUCUUAAAAGUCAAACUUUGAAGAAACCGUAAAAAAGAAUUUUGUUCCUGCUUAAAGAAACACACUCAGAAAUUUCAUAUAAAACUUACCACUGCAUUACUUUUAUAACAUGAGGUGAUUUUUACAACCAGACGAAGUGUUACAGAAGAUGAAGUCAGUGUUCUCGUCUGAUUAGACUUUUAAUCUUUAUAGUUUUAUACAGGAGGAGAAGAGUGGCCUUCCUGUUGUGGAUGAAAUUCAGAGUGAAAAUGGAAUCAGAGAAGCUGAAGCAGUGUUAAUGUUUGUGUGUGUGUGUGUGUGAGUGAUACAAACAACAGGUGUGGGACUUGAAAACAAAAGCAGCUGCUACGCAUCACAUGAAGUUUGAGCUACAACUCUAACUAUUGUGUUGACGGAUGUGGGUUAUUUGGUGUUUAAAGCCCAAUAAUGGCAGGUCAACUUUUUGAGUAAUCAAGCUUAAUGUGAAACUAUCAGAUCUGUGUGAUCUGAGUGAAAACUGAAUCAAAAUAAUAUCAGGUGUAAUGUAAUUUUCCUGAUUUCUCACAUUCGACUGGCUCACUCUAAGUGUUGGUGCUUCUUGAUUCAGUUAGAGUUUUGUGUUAAAUUUGAGUGGAAACUCUUGUAGUGAUCCUUUUAAUGGUACUCUAAAAUAAUGGAGCUCUGUGGCACUGAGUUACUUGGCCACACCAAUGGCAUUUCUUUGAAGAAUUCUUGAAUGAAUUUUUGGUCUUUUAACAGGGACGGUAAUAAAAACAUAAAAAUAAAGAUGCUUGCGGCAUUUUCCAUUUUAAGUGAUCCUGAAACUGGAGAGCAGCACAGACAGAUGUGUGGGUCAAGUUCUCUUCUGCUGGACAAGGCCCUGAUGGGUGGUGUUGUAAGUCUGUGAAAGUGUGUGUGUGUGUGCGUGUGUGUCAGUGCUGGCCGUGUUGACCCUCACAGGGGUAGUGGAAUGUUGAGUGUGUCGGUCAGUUGCCAUGGUAAUGGCCUUGAGAGAGGGACCCUGGGAAGACAGUUUUGGACUCCAAACAUCCUGUGUGUCACCCGUGAGUGGGUGUGUGCACUUGGACUUGAAGAUGUGCUUGUGACUGUGGGUGAGAGGUCCUGUGGUUUUGUCUGUCACUGUUUGUUUGUGAUCUGCUGUUAUUCAAUAUUAUUUAUGACAGCAAUGUUAUUUAUCUGCCUUAAUUAUGUUCAAAAACUUAAACUUGUUAAUUUAUUGAUGAUUUAAAGAUAGCCUUUAAUGUUUCAGUUAAAUAUUUUUAUCCGGCUUUUGGGUGAUGCUUAUUUUUCUAAUUAAUUAUGCAUAUUAACUUUGUUUAGGUUUUCAUUUGAAAAAUUAACCUUCACAAAAUCAAUAACACUUUCAAAUCAAACGAUCCUUCAUCAGUUGAUAUUUAAAGCUGAUAACUGCAGCAGUCAGCGGUCAAGCACAGUGAAAAAUAUUAUUAUUGCCCUUUAAUUAUUCGUAGUGAAUUUUGUCAAUUUUUUUAAACCAGUCUGAAGAUGCAACAAAAAUACGUUGGUAUCUUUAUUAAAUACUGUGAAUGAAUUGGUGACUAAAGAUCAUUCAGAGAGAAAGCCACCUGUAUAAAAGAAGGUAAUGAGGAAAUCAUGCAAGGACAGGAAAUAACAGAGGGCUGAUCAAGAGGAGACGUUUUUAUGGUACAGCAUAAACAUCGUCUCAAAGAGCAGGUUUACACGUCAAUAUGGUGGCCACAUUGUAAACUGCUAUAAAUUAGCCUCAUAUGGUUGCAGUCUUACCCGAGUGUGUUUGUGUGUUGAGUUAAAACACAUCGUAGUGAAAGUUGACUCAACCUGAAAAGAGCCAGGAGUGAUAACUGUGAAGUUGUUGUAGGGUCACAGUACUGCACUGAGUUUUACAUGAAUGGAUAAACUCUUUAAAAUGUAGUUGUAAUAGAAAGAACAAAAAGGGGUCCAGUUCAGUUAAAUAAGGUUAUUUAACUGUAUCUGUUUGUCAGUGCUCUGUAAACUGCCUAAAUAUCACAACUAGGAGAAUUAAAAAUCCCUGAACUACGUCUGAAAAUUGUCUUGUUAAACGAUCAUGACAAAAAAUUUUUCAAUUUACUGUAAAAAGUUUUCAAACCCUCUCGUUUGAGAUGGCGGACUCAGAAAAAAUCAAACAAAUUUAUCAAACUCUGCUUGUCUAUUUUCUGCCUCCAGUUUAUAAACAAUAUAAUCAAACUGUUGAGCCAAAUAAUUCACCAAGUUCAACAAAUUUAUGUGUGUCAUAUUAAGUGUUUCAAAACAAGAGAAACAGCGUUUUUAAAAAAGAAAAAGAAAAAUCAAUUUGAGUCGAAUGUCGCACUCCGCUUUCAAACCACAUGGUUUCGUUGCUUAGACGAGCUGAUAAGACAGAUAAACGACGCUGUCGAACAUUAUAGGAAAUCUGAUGGUUUCCAACCUCAAACCCAUUUCAAGGAAAAUUCGUAAGAUCUCUCGACUUUUUUUUCUUUAUGUCACAUGUUGCAUGUAAAAACGGGUCACCACAAAGCAGAGUUUUUUUUUCCUUUUUUCUUUAUUUAACAUAACCUGGCCAACAGCUGUGAAAACCAAAAAAACAAGCCGUAAAACACAGUCUGUACUUCGUGUCUCUUCGUUAUGUGCUUCAUGGUCAGAAAUAAGCUUGAUGUUCUGCUCUGCUUCAGCUUUGAUAGUCUGUUUUAUGUUGUCUUUUUUUACUGAUAAAACUCCACUCUCACUUUGUCAUGAGUGGAAAAUGUAUUUUAAAGUGGGAUUCUUCUCACACUCACAGCUUCAAACAUUUAGAGGAUAUUCUUUGAGAAGUAUUUUAACAAUUAUGGUUGUACUAACUUCACUAACUUCUUCACUAACUUGUCACUUUCAUUUUGUGCCUUUUUUCUUUAUUUUUGGUCAUUUCUGUGUAUUUUUGUAUCUUUCUGGUUGUCUCAAGGUUUAAUUCAGUCUUUUUGCAACUUCUUAUCAACCUCUGGCAUCUGCUGUUCGUGUGCCACGUCUGCGAGUGGUCUUGUUGUGUUGCAUCCCUCUGCGGUGUUUUGUCGUUCUUACGGCUCCUUUUUAUAUCUUUGAGGUCUACUUGCAUCCAUUUGGUCUCUUUGCGUAUCUUUGUGGUUGUUUUGGUCUCUAACGUUUUGAAGGACUUACUUGAAAGAUGAAGACACGUGUGUUGCUCUUACGUGCUUGAACCAUGUUUUGCACAAUAUUUGGUGGUUUUGUUGAAGCUCUUGAGUAAGUUGCUUGCAGUUGAGUAAACGGCAGAGGCCUCGGCUGUAUGCAUUUUUUGCGUCUUUAUGGGUUUUUGUGUGUCUGUGCCUGUUUAGUGUGUCUCAUCGGGGAGUAUUUCUGACUUAAGUUGCAGUAAUAGGAAAUGUGCUGGGAUCUUGAACUUGCUGCCCUAAUGGAGCUGAUUCACAGAAAUCGAGCCUCUUGUGUUGUUGCUCAAUCAGUCAAACAUCUGCUGCCUCCUCUUUUUUUCUGCGUUUUUCUCCACACUCACAUAUGGUUCCUCAAAGAUUGUCUUAGUCAGAAACUCAUUCACAUUCUCACAAUGAAGUACUCUCAAUGAGUCACUGAUAUACUCACCGACACACAGAUUUUAUUAGUCUCUACACAUCCUGUGUAGUUAUGAGGAUGAUUAUAGAGCUUGAUCUGAUCCCCAUCCAUCCAUCCAGUUUUACCUACUUAUCUGGGAUCAGGUUGUGGUCUCAGCAGUCCAAUGUUUUCUCAUGCUGGAGGAUCUCGAGGCAUCCUAUGACAAAUAGAAUGUAUAAUCCCACCAUAAAGCUCUGGGUCUACCCCAAGGCCUCCUCACAGUUGGAUGUGCCCAGAGAGGGGCAUCUGGUAGCCAUCCUCUUUAUGCAAAAGAGCAACAGCUCUACUAUGAGGUACCUCUGGGUUUUCAAACCCCCCUGCCACCCUUCAGAGGAAACCUGUUUCAGCCAUCUGUAUCUGUGACCUCGUUCUUUCAGUUUCUACCCAGAGCUUGAAGGGUGAAGGUUGGAAUGAAGACCAAGAGCUUUGACUUCUGUCCGCGCUCCCUCCUCACUGUGAUGGUCUGCAUCACUGCUGACACAGCACCAAUCCACCUGUCAAUCUUCAAAUCCGUUUCACCUUCAGUAAUGAGCGAAAACACGAUACUUUCCCUCACUGUGGGCAAAGACUCGCUUCCCACCCGGAGAGAGUAAUCCACCGUUUUCUGGCGGAGAACCAUGACCUUGGACUAAGAGGUGCUGAGUCUCAUUCCAGCUGCCUCACACUUAGCUGCAAACUGCUCCAGUUCCCUGAUGAGGGUCCCAGUCCAAAGGGGCCAAACGAACCACAUCAUCUACAAAAAGCAGAGAUGGAACUCUGAGGCCCUGCAAACUGGAGACUCUGCUCAGAUAGAAACAGUGACAAGAGGCAACUCUGGCAGAGGCCAACAAGCACUGAGAGUUGUAUUUGUGCAGGGUAUGCAGACACGGUUCUCACUUUGGUCCUACACCAACCAAGACCGGACCUCUCAAUAGACCUAAUUGUAAGCCUUCUCCGAGUCCAGAAGAAACUCACUCCACGGGCACUGUCCCAGACCUCCAUUUGACAUUGGAGAAGCUUGUCAGCCAAGACAACCCAACGAUGUCCAGAGUCUUCAGCAUCUCAGGGGGAAUCUCAUCCACACCUGGUAUCUGAGGAGCUUUGUGACUCCCUCAGUAGCCAUGUUUACCUGGGCAAAAAUCCUUGAUUUGAUUAAAAUUUUGAGGGAUUGGAUUGUCUGAAUCCACUGUUGCGUAUACAUGCACCAACUUUUAUUCAGAUCAGAGGUAUUUGGACAAGCGCAGAGUUGUCUGAUUUCGCUAAAACAACCACAGAAGAAGAGUUGUAUUUACAUCUGUGCUGUCAACAAACCAACAAACGCGGUAGUGGCUCACUUCAUCCAAUUCAGGAGUUUCUCCCUGUUUAAUGUUGUCACUAGGUGGCGCCCUUGCGUACUUAUUCUACUGUUCUGUCAAAGGUUGCGCUUUGCGUACAGAUGUGACAUCAUUACGCUGUAUGUACGCCUUUUUAUGUUACUGGAGGAGCAGACACGACACCUACGGUUGUGUUUUAUGCCAGAGUGUUGAUAAUGAAACCUCCUGUACAGGCCUCAACAAAUAAGCUAAAGGCUAAAGAGUGAAGAUCAAGUUAGGUAAAAGAGUCACGAUUGGAAUAAGUGUUUACAUGAACGCGUUUCAGAAUAACAAUCGGCAUAAACCACCCCUCCCGAUUGGAAUACAAUUUCUUUCCGAUUGAGCUGAGUUGGAUCAGAAUCUUCCGAGCGACAUGUUUACAUGUCGCAUUUUUAUUCGGAUCGGGCAUUUAUUGCGAUUAUUUGUGCCCGUGUAAAUGCAGCUAGUGACCUCUGCCAGUAAUAUAGGACCACCCUCCUCGAGUACUCAGAUUCUGCCCCCCCCUUGACCAGUUGGAUUUAAGAGUUCCUCAAGGUGUCUGGGUCACUAUCACCCACAGUGAUACUCUAAAAACUGUAAAGAGUGAAGUUUUCCUAGUUAUCAUGAAGUUAGGUUUAAUAAGCAGAUAUUUCUGUCUGUUUUGGCACAAAAGUUGAUAUUCAAAGAUCAUUUUGAUCUUUGAAUCUGUUCACCAAAUCUAAUUAAUAAUAAUAAAAUACCCUGACAAGUAAGAACAUGUGUCCCAAACUAAAAAAUCCUGAACAAAUAUUGUUUUUCAUCUGUUUUCAAGGAAGAGAGUAAACUAGAACUGAAUUUUUAAAGCUUCAAUGAAUUGAUUUUGAAACCUGAGUAGUUUCAUAGAACAUUAUGAGUCAAGUGCCACUAAAGUGUUUUUUAAUUUCACUUCUCCUACGAGAACAUUUUUUUCCUCCGUGCCAGCUAUCUUCACACCAGGUGUCUAUCAGCACAUCUUUCUCACUUUUCUCUACUCAUUUCAGAACAGUUUCACGAAAACCUCAAAGUUUUUUUUACCUGAAACUGAAGAAACAUGAUUUUCAGAACAUCCUGGACAAAAAUUAAGCUGUGGUAGCAAUUUAGUGGCAAGUUCAUGUCUAGUCAGUUCCUCUUUCAGUGACUCAGACCUCUCUGAAUGAGUCACAUCCUUCUCAUCUCUGCUUCACAGUGUCGUUUAUUGAUAAUAUUAGAUGAUGCGGUGAAAAAAAACAAGAAUGUUUGGUGUCAGAGGGUUUAUUGAUGUCACAGGCAGGCUGAGGAAAUUGGUCAAAUGUGUGCGUGUGUGUCGGUUUUAAUCUAUUAAUUUGAUGUGUGUGCGUUCCUGUCUGUUUUUCUCUGUGUGUAUGUGUGUGUGUGUUUGUGUGUAGGAUUAACAUAGACAUUCCUCAGGCUCACACUCUGUCACAUAGACUCAAACUCAUCCGGUGCACAAAGCCCUGGAAUCCGUCCUCCCUGCUCUUCAUCCCUCCCUCUCUUCCACCCAGCGCCUUGUCUUUCACCGUCUCGUCUGUUUCCUCUCGCAGCUUCUGCUCUCUCACGCCACUCACCCCAUGGACCUUUCCCCCCCCCCCUUUGUGUUGCUCUCUUGCAUAGAGAGUUUGUCCCAUACGAUUUUUGCUGUGGUCCAACUGUAACUCGUUAAAUUUAAUUCUGAGAGCCCCCCAUAAACUCAGAUUGGGGUAGAGAGCUGUACGAUACAACAACGCUUUUACAGCACAAUUCAUAUCUGCAUAAUGAUACAUGAUGUGGACAUGCUUGAAGCGUUUUCUGUAAAAUCUGUGAAUUUAAGAUAAUAUUAUUAAAACAUGCAAAAGCAGAACUCUUUAUUAUCAAACAAAAUAAAGGUAUUUACUGACAUUUUUAUCAUUUUUGUCUCUUAAUUCAGGAAAUUAGUGCAUUUUUUUCAUUUUUUUAACCUUCAGAGUACAACUUUUCAGUGUCUUUCAGGCUCUUUUUAAAGGACAAGGUUUUUAUCUUCCUUUUAAAAUUAUUCCUGUUUUUAAAGUCCUUUUCAUGAUCUGUGUCAUGUUUUCUCUCCUUCAUGUUACUUUGUGUUGCCUUCAUGCCGCCACAACAUUUGCAUAUAAACUGUGUUUGAGAUGAAAUUAGUUAGCAUCACAGUCCAUCAUCCAAGCGACCAGUUAUUGCUGUUGAGGAACUGACUUGUUACACAACCAAACAAAACAUGUUCAGUAUCCUCAAACAUGUGGAGUAGGGCUGGGCGAUAUGGCCUUAAAUCAAUAUUACGAUAUAUUGAGCAGUUCACCAUGAUAACGAUACAUGGACAAUAACUACUCCACGAGCUGCUAACCCCCUCCUACAUUAACUUCGUCUACUUCAGCCGCCACUCCAGCCACUCCAACUUUUGAACCGUCCUUUAUCUCCUCACCUGUAUUUCCCUCUUUUUUAUGGACUGGAUGGGAUGGAGACAGUGUCUUAUAGGGACAUGAGACCAUAGCCUACCUACACACAUCCAAAACCAACUUUUAUUUAUAUUUUGACACUGAAUAUAUUGACAUGGGCAAAAUGACGUCGGUUAUUGCUGUAAAUUUCUGAACCGGUUAAUUUUCUGUUUAUUACCCAGCCCUAAAGUGGAGUAUAAUGUCAUAUUGCGCUCUUUUCGUAGAGGUGUGUGUAGCUGAAUUGAUACACACCUACACACACACACACACACACAGGCUCAGUAUGAGCGUCUGACAUUAUGUCCACUAGCUUCCAUCUCCUGACAAUCCAGCCUUCGUUUAAGAGUUGACCUCUGACCCAGCAUGCCACAGGAUUCUACACAAGGCUAACCAAUCAUCCGUUCGUGUGUGUGUGUGUGUGUGUGUGUGUAUGUGUGUGUGUGUGUGUGUGGGCAGUGGUGUCUGGGGGCUCCAAGGGUCUGUUCUGUACCACUUUAUUAGUGACGUAUGACUAGUAGUGCACACACAGCCUCUCCUCUGCUCCCGUUAGUGUAAGGUUUAUCCACAUGAAACAGAGUGCUCAUACUCAUUCACCUGCAGGACAUAUCUCGGUGCGCCUCUCUCGUUAGAGCAGAAGAGUCAGGUCAGUGAUGAUUUUGUUGCUGAAAAGGUCAUAAACCGAGCGUAGAAGUCAAUGCUGUGCACUUAUAAAAUCACAAGGAAGGCCCUCGUAUCUCACUUUACAUUCCUCGAUUACACAGUCCGUCCUGGCGGGGUCGACCUUGGCAAACAGCCACGAGACCUCGACAUAACUGCACGAACACAAAUGGGUCUCGCUGACACUGACCUGAUUUCCUGUUUUGCACCAUAUGGGUCUCAUGGAGAUGGAGAGAGAACACCAAACGUUAUGGUGAAUUCUAAAGAAGCAGAAUAAAUAACGCUCAUGUACAUAUCUCUUUUAUGAUAUGAAUUAUUGGAAGUAGGGCUGGGCGAUAAACCGAAAAUUAACCGAUACUGAAAUUUACAACAAUAACCAACGUCAUUUUGCCCAUAUCAGUGUAUUCGGUGUCAAAAAAAGGUGUAGGUAGGUUAUGAUCUCAUGUCCUUUUAAGACGCUUUCCUACGUCAGAGACAGAGAGGGAAAUACAGGUGAGGAGAUGGAGGACGGUUCAAAAGUUGUAGCAGCUGGAGCGGCGGCUGAAGUAGAGGAAGUUAAUGUGGGAGUGGGUGAGCAGCUUGUGGAGUAGUUAUCGUCCAUCUAUCGUUAUCAAGGUGAACUCCUCAAUAUAUCGUGAUAUUGUUAAAAAGAAGAGAGCUCCACGUUUCGCCUCUCAGGCUUCAAACGCGUUGUUCUUUUAUCUAAUAAAUGAGUUUACUUUCUGACUUUGUUCUGUGCGGUGGAACUCUCUUCUUUUUAGGAACCUUUUUCCUGACACCACCAGCACCAACGUUAAGAUCUGUGCUGUGCAGGGCAAUCCUCCUUUUUAUAUCGUGAUGUUGAUUUGAGGCAAUAGCACCCAGCCCUAAUUGGAAGCUAAUUUUAUGUUACCUUCGUGGAUAUCAAGCUGGAAAUGUAGAUAAUGCUUUGAUAAUGCUGUAACAGUGAGCUGUGUGAGGCCAAUAUAAGGCUAAUUACCACAAAUACUUGCAGGUUUAUCACUUGUAUCAUAUUUUCCCAAAUACCAUGGUGGUAUCUAGUGAAGUUUUAGAAACAAGCCUGGUGUGUCUAAACUUUGGCAACAGUCAAGUCGGUCAGCCGGCUCACACAAACCACAAAAAUCAAUCUUCAAUUUUUUGUCUUGGUGUCUUUUUCUGUCUUUGGAUUUUCCUGCAUGUGUUGGCCAUCCUCAAAAAAAAAAAUGGUGAUCUGUCUCACAGUCACUGUUUUUCUUUGUCUUUCAGGCCUCCAGUCCCAAGCUGACGACUCACUGCUCAGAUAUCCAAGAAGUCCGUCGUUGCAACCGUCUGGAGAUGCCCGACAACUUAAACACAUUUGUUUUAAAGGUAGGUGCAGGUUUGAACGACAUGAAUAACAGCGGUAUCUGACAGACUCGGCCCGCUGGAUUGUUUACGGACACAUUUCUUAGAUCUGCAACCUCGGUUCAACAUGAAGAGGAAACGGGACAAUCAUCGUGUCAUAUCAUUUCAUAACAAAACUCCUCAAACAGCCAGAUUUAAUACUUCAUUGUUUACACGCGAAGGAAGCUAAACUUUGUCCCCUGAGCUUCAAAAAAAAUCAAACCACCUGUGGCGCUCAGAGAUUGCUGUGGUAACACGAUCAUUUCCUCUUCGUAAGCAGAAAUUAAAAUUUUUUGGAGUUUUUUUUUUUCUUUUUUUUUUGAAAAAGAGGAAGCAUCUCUAUUUCUGUACUUUACUCACUACAGCUCUUGUUUGAACCUUAAUAUGUCAGUCAACAAACAAAUAAAAAACCCUGUGCUAAACUUGUUUCGAUCGGUAGAAUAAGCAACAAAAUUCAGUCCCUCCAAAAGCGGUGUUAGAUUUGGACUAACUGGGUCUGAAAUCAAGUUUUACGUUACAUUACCUCCUCCUUUUCUUUUUUUUUUCAGGUUAAUCGAGGAAGUCUAAUAUUUGAGACAGACAACGACCAGCAGGUCAGCUCCUGGACCACAGAGCUGAAAGAGUGUAUCAGCAACAGGUGAGCAUCAAGUUACCGACUUCAACAGCAUCAUUGAAUUUCAACUGUAUAAGAAAGUUGCAGCCGGUUGUCAGCAUUUUCCCAGCAUCCUCACUCAAAAUCUGAGUCCAACUGUGGAGCUUUGUGGAGAACUGUAUAAUUUAGCUCCACCUGACCCAGCCACAGAGAUUAUGUAACAGGAGCCUUCAUCAUCCUCAUCUGUCUAUUCAUGCUGCAUUUUUCCUGGAGGUUCAGAGUGGAAAUAUUUUCCCUUGGACUUUGGCUGGGUUUUUUUUUUUUUUUGUGUUUGUGGGCGUGCUGGGUGUUUACUCGCGCUGAGGUAUGUGUUUGCACAUGCAAACAUACCUGCUCCAGGGCUCUGCAGAGUGGAGACGGUUCGACUCUUGUUAUAUUUGGAAUAUUCCUGGAAAUAAUCAUUCAUCAAGCUCGUUUGUCGACUUAAUAUUUACAUAAAACCUUUUAGAAGCAACACAUCUGGUGAGGGGAGGAUUCAGUUCAGGCUUGAAGGUUGUGCAAUAAACGUACAGUAGUUUAAAAUGGAGCUGAACUUUCCCGUCUGUAUCUUUAAAAAAUUUAAAAUGAUUAAAGUUGGAGAGCUGUUGGAGUUCUGGUUAGUGUAGCUGUAAGAUUUCUACGGAGCGCUUUGGCUGUACGUCAUUAUUCCUCUCCCUCUCUCUUCAUUUCCUGUCUGAGCUCGACUGUUCAGUUUAAUUCAAGCCCAAAGAAGAAAGUUUUUGAAAACAUUACUGAUAUUUUUUAAAAAGUACUGCAGUUCAUACAGAGAUAAAGACCAGGCUGCAUUUAUCAAGCCCAUUUUUGGAUGGAUCGGACAAAAAAAGAGGGACUGAUCUCUUUCAGAGGCAUCACUCUUGACGACAUGAUGAGGGAGGCUUCAGAUUAUUCCACAUAUUUGAUAAACGUUGUCUUUUACAGCAAACGAAAAAGCUUUUUUAGGCUUUGGCUCAGUGUUGGAGAGCUGGAUAUCUGCGAGUGUGUGUUUGUGCACGUGUGCUAGUGUGUGUCACACUGAGAGAGGAAGUGUGGGGGAGGUCUCUGAGACUCGGGGGAAUCUCAGGACCUUUCUCAUUUCUGCAGAUGUCUGGAAUGCUCUCGCAGACACACACACACACACACACACACACACACGCAGUCUGCAAUCCAGUGAACACUCAUCCAGGGAGGAAGCGAGGUCUGAGUUUCCUCUUAAAUCCAUUGUUUAUCCAGAUAAACCACAGACUUGUCUUCCAUAUCAACAAGAUUCUCUUCUAAUGAAAUUAGGUUUUAACCUCGGCAGCGUGUCCCCGUGAGGAUUCCUCUUCUGCUAGAAGACAUACGAAGCAAAAUAAGCCGAGCCAGCCGAGCACUCUGCUUUAAAACGAGGGUGGUGUGAAAACAGUAUAAAAAACUGAUUUGGACAGGAGUGGGUUCAUGAGUCAUACAUCUGAGGAGCUAAUCUUGUCAGUGUGGAGCAGAGGAGAAGUCAGGUGCAGCUCUGUGUUGUUUUUGGGAGUUUUCCUUUCUCUUAAAAUGUUUCAAAUCAGGCGUUUGGUACAGAGGUUUAUCUCACACUAGCGUCACAGUAUCGGCUAGAUGAUGUAGCUUAGUCUGGACUCAUGUCAACAUUUACUUGUUUAAUGUUGCUGAAAAGAACACAUUCAAAUUAAAGGCAAAGACGUGAAGCUCAUUCAGAAACAUCGUCAGGCAUGAAUGUGAUUUUGGUGUUCACAGACGAGUUUUAGUCGUUUGAUCCCCAUCAGGAGAGAAGCUUUGAUUUCACUCACAGGCAACAAUACCCCGUCUUCAAAUCUGUAUGUUCGAGUGAGGGGCUGCAUUUAAGUGAUAUCAGACUUUUAUAAAGAUCGAUUGUUCAAAACCAGAAACUGGUGACAGCGUAGGGCUGGGCGAUAUGGCCUCAAAUCAAUAUCACUAUAUAUUGAGCCGUUCACCUUGACAACAAUAAAUGGACGAUAACUACUCCACAAGCUGCUCACCCCAUCCCACUUUAACUUCAGCCGCUACAGCUUUUGAACCGUCCUCCAUCUCCUCACCUGUCUUUCCCUCUUUGUUACUGGCUGGAUGGGGUGGAGUCACGUCUCCGAUGUAGGAUAUCGUCAAAGGGACAUGAGACCAUAGCCUACCUACACAAACCAAAACCAACUUUUAUUUAUUCAUUUAUUCAACACCAAAUAUACCAAUAUGGGCAAAAUGACAUCAGUUAUUGUUGUAAAUUUCAGUAUCAGUAAAUUUUAGGUUUAUCGCCCAGCCCUAUGACAGUGUGACAUGCACCAGGUCAUAUGACUGACAUCACACUCCCUGUGAUGUCACUCCUGCGUUUCUAAGCACCACAGUUGUAAGCGUCUAACAAUAAACAUAUCUUUAAAACUUAGUUGCUUCACUUUGCCACAGUGUCUUAUCAGUCCUUGUGUCCACAGAUACCCACAUAGCUGCAAAAAGAAAGGUGGCCCAGUUCUUAAUUUGAUAGCACGUAUCUGUGAUGGACACACUGUCACUGUUAUUGUCACAGCUUACACGUUUUCCUUUCAGCCACAAAUGAUCCUUUCCCACUUCACAAGUUUUAGGUUCAGUUUGUUUCAAACAUAAAGAGCUUUCUGUCGUGCUGAAGUGAUUGAUGAUUGGCUAAAACAUCCAGACUUUGCAGAAUCACCUCCCUGUACUAACACUGAACAUCUCAAUAAAAGAUAGUAGAAGAAGAAGAAAGCACGCGCACAAAGACAUACAAGCCGCACAGAGAAGAGAGACCUGUCUUCCUGUUAUUCAGAGAGCUGCAAACUCAAGUCAGCAUUUUAGCAGGAUCUACUCUGGCUCCCCUCUCUCAACCUUCCCCUUCUGAUUCGCGCACGAACACACUCUGGGUGACUGUUCGUCUUGUUUUAUUGUGUGUACAUGUGUGCGAUUGUGUGCGCAGUGAAAGACAAGAACAGUAAGUCUUAGUUCAGAUGUGAACUGGUGAACUGGACUCGCUUCCUGUCUGUGCUCAGUGUCUUUGUGUUCCUUCAGCCUGCUUUUUCCCCCACGUUCACUAGCCUCAGCCAACCACACAAACACACACACUCAGACACACAAAUGCAAAUACACACAGACCUCUCUCUUUUCUUCUUCCCCAUCAAUGCUGCUCUCCCUUCUGCUUUUGUACAAACAAUGUGUUAUGACACAUUUAAACAUCAUUCAGUCAUUUUUGUAGACACAGUUUCUGAAUGUGAAGGUUGCGGCCUUCACUCUGUGGUUCACAGCGUUUUUACCGUUAUCACAAAAGAAAAGCAAACAUAGAAGAGCAAGCUGACCCCAAAGCUCAGGAAAAACUGAGUUUUUUUUUUCUUUUUGUUGACCCACCGUGAAAUACAAACAGGAGAAAAAGUCAUUGUGCGUUUGACCCAUUUUCCUCUUCAGGUGGUCUGUGAUGAGAAUAACAUAUAUGUGCUGUAAAUCUGUUCUCAUCUUUCAGGUCGGGCAGUGUGGAUCUGGAGCCUCUCCCCUCCCCAGCUGACAGCCCCGCUCCAGCCAAUCACAGAGGGAGUUUAGACUUGGGAAAUCAAAGUGAGUGUUGGAGCGAGGGGAUGUUGCUUCUGAGUGAAAUAAGAAGUCAUUGAAACACAGAUGUGCGCGCUCAUUUUUCCUCCUUUAAGUGUGAGGUUGACAGUCCUGGGGUUUUAUCCACACACCAGCCAGUUUGUUUUAAAAUCCCUCUAUCAAGGCAACCUUGACUUAAUCUGGUCUGAGGUUUAGUCUCCCUGAACAGUCUCACUGUUUAUUACUGAAGCUUUUUAAUCUUCAUGAUUUAAACAGAUGAAUCUCCUCUGUUCGUGCCCUCAGGUCAGGUCACCUUCAAUCUACCAGAGCAGGUGGCCCAGAAGACAGAUCACUUCCUUUUCUCCUACCCCUGGUUCCACGGACCGAUCUCCAGAGUAAAAGCAGCCUACCUGGUCCAGAGCUCCGGACCCGAGGGACACGGAGUGUUUCUGGUCCGACAGAGUGAGACGCGCAGAGGAGACUAUGUCCUCACAUUUAACUACCAGGGAAAAGCAAAGGUAUGAGUCCUCUAGAGGAGGAAAAAGUUGUGUCUUUAAUUCCUUCACCUUAUUUCGAGGAUUAUCUUUUAGAAUAAAAGUCUUGAUAUCAUUCGGGUUGCACAAAUUUUCUGCUUUAAGAACAUUAAACUGGGGAAAGUACAAAGAAACUGCAGGCCACACUCUGGGACUCUCUAAGCGUUUAUCACCUUGUGUCCAUUAGAUGUGGUUUUUCAUGAAAACAAAGGUUCUUACCUUGCCUACAGACCUGUUUUUAUCUUUUCAUUGGGUGUAAUACAAAUGAAUGCUCAAAUCCAAACAGAACAACUGUGCUCAAAACUUCAAUAAGAGAAACUCCUGGUGACAAAAACUGUCACUAACCAGCACAGAGAGGAAAAUCAGAGGGGGGAUUCAACCCUCACUAACACUCAAACACUGAAAAUUUCACCUCACGUUUUUUUUUUCUUUGUUUUUUUUUCUUUGUCCCCCCCCCCUCAACCGUGUCUCUGCAGCACCUGCGCCUCUCUCUAACAGAAUGGGGUCAGUGCAGGGUUCAGCACCUGCGCUUCCCCUCUGUCAUGGACAUGCUUAGUCACUUCCGCCUUUUCCCCAUCCCGCUGGAGUGUGGGGCCGCCGGGGCUGUCACGCUGUCCAGCUACGUCGUCGCGGGCUCCAGCCCCCCAUCACAGGGUGAGACCCCACGACUCUGUCAUGUUUGUGUGUCAAACGGAGAUGUGAUUGAUGUUAGCGUUAGUGGCAAUAACUGAGAGAGUAUCAGUCAGUUUUAGCCCCUGAGAUCAGGACAUGCAGGAGGAAGCAGAGAAAGUCACACAGAUUGUUGGUUCUUAUGAUUGUUUAUUUUUGCUCUUGAGUCGGCUGAUAGAGAAACAAAAGAGGAAGUUUGAGAUGUUUUCAUACUCGCCAAAACUCUCAUUUCCUCUUUUUUGUUUCCUCAGGUCAGCUGUCAGGCGCUCUCCUCGUCCCGUUCUCCCUCCACAGGUGGAGCUCUGAGCCCAGCCUGGCCCACUGCAGCCUGGCUCGCUGCUCCGCCCCCGGCACCGCCACCUCCACCUCCAGCCCCAGCUCCGUCUCCCACCAGGGCACCCACCAUUCCGCUCGCACCAACCCCGCACCCAACCCUCCCCCCUCGGCCCUUGCUCCUCUGCGCCGCAGCGAAUCCGUGGGCAGGAGACCCCUGCUCCGCCACAACCCCCACCUCCCUCAGCGGGACUCAGACUACGAACUGGAGCCAGAGCGAGGGCGCAAGCGAGCGAUAGACAACCAGUACAUGUUGCUCUGACCGACAGUCGCACACACCUGCAUCGGCUGUGACUGACAGCUGACACACAUCAUCGCGCACACACCAGUACACACACUCAGUUACCCGCAACCAGCUACAUGUGGGCAUGUGAGACUCUCAGAGAGCACAGACUUGUGAACUUGAACCAACAAGUCUUUGUCUGUUCGAUGCGCAGAUGUGUGUAUUCCAAGACACACACACUCACUUUGAGAGCGUGUGUUACCAGUGUCAGACCCUCACAACCUCCCCUCCGAGCGUCCACAGUGAAUGUAUUUUGGGAGUUUCCUAACAGUGUUGAGCGUGAGGAUGAUGAUGAUGAUGAUGAUGACGAUGAUGAUGAUUCUAGUUUUAUGAUGGGAGAGAGAAAGAGUGGAGGAGCUGCACACGCGUAGCUGUACUCAAGAGAAGACAAACAUUUUCAAAUGUUCCUUUUUUCCUCUGAACUCACAGAGGGCGCGCUUGAUUUAACAUGUUCGGCACUUAACCUCUGCUAAUGGUGAGUAACAGCCUGUGAAAUCUGUUAAAUCAAGUAUUCCAUUCAAAUAUUUAUAAGACAUUUACUCUUCACACACAAGCCUCUCUCUGUGUGGAGCGCACUCCCACCUUUUUUUGUACAAACACCGAUGAGAAAGCACUCAAUUUCAGAGUGCGUCACACUCAAGUAGAUACUCCUCCUAUUGUGAUGAUUAUAUAUUGAAGUGCGCAGCGCUUUCGGUGCACUUUGGAAAACAAUGUGUAUUUUUUUCUAUACACAGAUUCUUUUGUAGAAAACGAAGAAAAUUCAAGUAAAAAGCUGGUUCGAGUCAGUCGGAGAAGCUGAUCUUCUUUCGUCGAACCGUCACUGAAGCAAAUUCGGGGGGAAAAAAAAAUCCUUUAACAGCUAUUUUGACCAAAUGAGCGGGAGUCUGUUUCUCCUCGUGUCUGCAUGUGUUAGUGUUCUCUGUUUGUGUCUUUAAUGAUGUCUGAGAGUGAUCCAUCAGUAUCACGGUGCUGGAGUCAGUCCAGUACCACACUCAAUUGAAAAGUGUGUGAAUUUCUGCCCCGACACUCACAGGGUUUUUCUUCAAGUGUCGUUGUCGUGUCCCGUUUCAUUUCAAGCCCUAAAGGCAUCAUGUGGUCAUAAUGAACUCUUUAGAAAAAAGGUUGACAUGGACAUUAUCUCUGCUGCUGCAGAGUGGAAAAUACAAUAUAACUUCAUUCAGUUAUCCUUCAAUCCUGAACAUUUCUCUCAAAAAGUCACUUUUAGGGACGCAUAUUUAAUGAUUUGAGCCUCUGAGUUCAAUGUAGAGUUUUGGUUUACGACAAAAAACAUCGAAUCAGUGCAUUUAAAAUGCUGAAAACAUGAAUGACACUGAAUUUGUAACUAUAGUUACACCCUAUGUGAUCAUUUCUAGCAUUAGAGUAUUUUAAAAUCUGAAUCCUUGUGAAUUUAUAGAGAUGUCCUUACAGAGGAUAUAAAGAUGGAGGUAAAAAAAAAAACACCCCGUAAACAGACUUGAGAUGAAAAAGGAAUCAGACCUUAAAGCUAAAGUUGUGUGGGCUUGAAUCAAAAGAUGUAAAUAAUUGAGGUUAUAAACCUUCCUAACUCGUGUUUGUUUGUGGUUUGAUAACUCAUUUGAUCUUUAAAGGGCUUUGAGAGGUUUGAAAAAGAAGAUGAAACUUCAGACACACACGUGCCUUUCUAGACAUUUCUGCUCUUACUUCAUCAUCACGAAUCUCGACUCAGGAAGUUAACCCGGCCCCUCUAAUUUUUCUAACUUUCAUCAGUUUUCCUCAUUCUUUGUCUCACUUUGCCUCAGCACCCGUUGAAAAACAAGAAAAGAUCACAAAUACAAAACAUUUUGAUACCUUUAAGUUCUUUUUUAAUCUGGUGCAACGAGUCUUCGUGUUACCAUGAGCUUAUGAAAAAACAAAGCAGCUCAGACCUUCAGUUUCAAGCUGCAGAAUUAUACCAGACAUACAACGAAAGAAAAAAAAAACUCAGGUAUGACUUUUUAAGAGCUCUGAGGGAACACAUCCAAAACUGAGUUGAACCAAACCAAGCUCUUGUGAUUCUGUGUGUUUGUGGUGUUUCAUGUCACCCUCCAGCGGCUCUCUUUUCCUCACAAACCCUCAGAGAGCUGAGGACUGACUCUAAGUGUUCAAAAUCAUGACACCAGCUUUAUAACUAAGAUUCUCCUUUUUAGAAAGUGAUCCCCCUUUUUUCACAUGAAGCAGUAAUUAUUUUUGUUUUUUGUACCUGACACGUUCCACGUCCUGUAAUAAUUUUGCUCGGAUAAUUGAAGCUUCACUUCCAUUGGCAGCGUGCUUGGUAUUUGUCCUCUGUCCUCGCUUGAACACUAACUUUAGCAGUUGAUUAAGAUUUACCUUCAGAGCUUCACGUCAGGGUUUUGACCUGAUUCUGUCUGCCUCCCUGGCCUCUUUUAUCACCGUAGUUUCCUGUUUUUAUUAAGAGAAAUGCCUCUUCAUUUCCUCAUAAACAUGACCAGAGUAAGCCUGCUGUGAUUAUUUCUCGUUAUGCAAUGUCAGCUUUGUGUACCAAAGGGACAUUUUUUUACAAUGGUUGUGUAGUUCUCUUUUAAGUAUGACCAUGAUUAAGACUGACAUCAUUAAGCGUUUGUAAGGGGAACAAAAACAAAGAUGUUUUUGGCAAAAGUACGGUUGAUCUUCCUGCAUUAAUAGGCAGUCUUAUCAGGUCCUUGGACACACCUGAGUCUCAUUUCUGCUCAAAGAAAGCAACGGUAAAAAAAAAAGAAAAGAAAAGCUAUUUUAACUAUCAGUCCCCCUCUCUUUGCUGAUUUAUUCUCUCACUCGACUCGGGAGAAGGACUGUGCCUUUGCCAGAAAGCUGCUGUUGCUUUUCCCCUUUUGGAAAGGUCAGGGUGUGAUGUGGUGUAGUGCAAUAUCAGACAGAUGCCCAGUGCUUCACACCUUUUUGUGUAUGUUGGGAACAUUCAGAGGCUUCUAGACGGAUGAAUUAUUGAGCGAGAAUGCAAUGUUUGCACCUCGCUCAUAAAAUAAAAGAAAAGAUAUUCGACAAAUGCCAAAGCGCCCAGAAGAAAAGGCUCAUUUUAAGACCAGGGCUCGCACAUUUUCUUGCUUUUUGGUUUAUACAUUUGUUUUAUGGUCCACUCUAGAUUUUGUGCAAGUUAAUGCUCAAUGAAUCCCUGUGUACCUCAGGUGUCAUCCGCAAUAUCCACUCCAGCAAUACCUUAAAUUUCCCCUUUUGUUGUAUUUUUAAAUGUCCAGUUGCUGAAUGUAAUGUGUUCUCAAUACUGUUCAUUCUGUUAGUUCACUUUUAGCACUGUAAACAUUCCAGUUUGAUCCAACAUCCCCUCAACAGCCAAUGAAAACAACAACAGCUUUAAAAAUCUGUCAGUGUGUUUGCAUCCCUUUCAGCAAAAAGCAUCUAAAUUAUAUUAAAUAUAUAUCAACUGUAUAUUUGACUUUUUGUAAAAUAAACCUAACCAAAAAAAAAAAAAAA